CUCCCAUUAAGAAGUCGGUCUGAGGGAGGCCGGCAUUCGCCCCGCCCCAAUAGGUAGAACCCCGCCUUUUCCUUCGCUAGCCUUCCACGCGCACGCGCCCUCCCACGCCGUUCGUUCGCCUCCUUCUCUUCCGCUUCCUGCUCUCGCCCUCCCUCUCUUCGACGCGUGCGCCGUAGUGCCGUUAGGCUGACGGGUCGCGCGCUGGAGCUUCGAAUUCCGCAGCCGGCGCAUGCGCCGAGAGAGUGUGUGGCUUAGAAAAAACCCCCAAGGUUGAGGGACUAUGACCAUGUUGUUGCUGCCGCCGCGACUUCUGUAGCUACUGAGGUGCUUCCCUCCCCGCCCCUAAAGCAGGGAAGCUGGUACAUGGAGUCUGCCCCUGGUGCAGCAGGUAGGGGCGGUUGCUACCCCCUCCUCUUGACGUGCCCGGGACAUGAGAGUGCAAGGGGGUUAGGCUGAGGAACUGCCAGUCUAGACCCGUGAACUUGCUCUUCGGUUCACGUGUGAACCCUUGCUCACGGGUUUACCGCCGACUCAAGGGCUCCCAGCUCUCACGCGCUCUUAGUUCCCUUCGUUAAUGAAAUGGGUGUAGUUGUCUGACUUAGAAGAUGAUUGUUGAGAUUCCUGCACUGCAAGGGGGUUGGACUAGAUGGCCCCCUGGGGUCCCUUCCAACUCUACAGUUUUAUGAUGAGUGCCUCAGAAGGUUGUUCCACUUUAAAUUUAGAUGAAUGAAGAACACUCAACAUUACCGCUACAAAAUAGCCUGGUAGUGGGGCAUGUCAUUUCAGGGGGCAAAACUUAAUUUUUGCAAACUUCUUCAGUGAAGUGUCUUAAAAAUAUGGGGGAGGGGGUUGGGGGGGAAUUGAAAUCUGCUAUUAUUGUUUUUUGUGACCAAACAGUAUUUAGCUUGGUAAAUCUACAUUUGGUGAAGAAGCACAUAAACGGCUUUUGGAAAACCAAAGAACUUUAGCUUUACCUUCUGAAAAUGUAAGGUAAGGUUAAAUAUUAAUGUUAAUAUAAAAUAUAACUGCAAGAAUUUUUAAUGAUUUAUAUGCAGUUUUACACACAUUUUACUUACUAAGCAAAGCUAAAUUAUAUUAAUUUUACCAAAACAUAUUCUGAAUUCCCAGUCAUGAUACAACUUUUAAGCCCUCCUCAUUUUUUGGAAUUUGAAAGUUGAAAAAUUCAACAUGUUUUACUGGUAAGGGCCUUCUUGGUAGUGGUAUAUUGGUUGUGGAUUACGCUCCCCAGAAAGUUUUUUCUGUCUCCUACCUCAUUCUCCUUCUGAUGACGGACACAGAAUUUUUGUUUUCCCAAGCUUUUUAGAUACUAUUUUAAUCCUGCUAUCUAUUUUAUACUGUUUUCACUAUUUUAUGGGUUUUGGCCUCUCUCACACAUCCUGGUAUUUAUAUUUUAACUGACUUAAUCUUUUUCAAAACCACCUUGGGAAUGUAAUUGUAGUGUAGCAUUAAAAUAAGUAUAAUGCAUAAUAAGGUACGCUUAGUAGUAGUAUCUUUUGUAAUGCAGAUAGUGGACUGAGGCUAGAGAAAGGGGCUUACCUAGGGAGUUCAUGGCAAAGGUAAUACUUCCUGAUUGGUAUAGCCCAGCUACGCUAUACCAGUUCUCAGGUGUACUAGAUUGUGUUGGUGCUAAAAGGGAACAGUGAACUUGUCACUAUACUUCAGGACUAGCUUGAUCCUCUUUGUGGUUUUUUCCCAAAUUAUUUCUUAGGAUUCAUGGGCACAAUUUAUUUGCUUACGAUUCUUGCUUCUAUGAUACCACUACUGCUAGUUAUAGUUUGUACAAAGAUAGCAUGUGGGCAAACACACCUGGGAACAUAGGAAGUUGUAUUUCAGUAGGGCCAGUUUGUCUGUCUUUUGCCUGUAGGUUUGUUUGUUUAUGGCAUUUAUAAGUGAUCCUGUAACAAGUUUUCAGGGUAGGGCUGCUUUUUGUAUUGUUUCUUUGCAUUUUCUCAACCAUUUGCAACUGGUGUAGAUAAUCUUUAACUUGCAUAACACCAUAAUCUUAACCUUUCCUAUAGUUUCAUAACUUAAUGGUUUUGCUAUGUAAACCAAUUGAGCCAUUUGUUCCUAUGUAAAUAGCUUCAGGAAGGCAAUUUUAAUCUUGACCAUGGUGUUUGGGUUUGGAUGGAAGUUAAACUCUCCUCAUGCAGAGGUCUUGCCUACUGUACCUCACUCCAGAUUCUAUUUACUUUUUAAAAAAAAAAACACAUUAAUUGCAUUCACAGAAAAAAGUUGCCUCUAGCUUUACUCUCAAAUUGGCCUGUUAAAAAUUGUGAUGAUUAGCCUAAAUCUAAGGGACUGACAAACAAACUCCUAUUGGGUUUGCCUUUUUUGGAAGUAAUAUAUCCCAGGAGAAGGGCUGGAUGUAGCAGACCUCACAACUGGUCAUCAGGUUUUUCUUCACUCUUGAAUCUCCAAAAUAUUUUAUUAGCAGCUCUUACAUCCCUAUACAGUAUGCCUCACAUUUGCCAACUUUUCUGUGUUAUUUGACUCCCUUUGUAUUUCAGUUCUAUCUCGGAUUAUUUUUGCUGAUAUGAGGAAUCAUCUUGUUUCUAACUUUGAGAAUCUGGCUCAAAAUGUAUUGUACCCACUCUUGUCUAAAGCAGGAUUUGAUGGCUUCGAAACAAUCAAGGCAGUUGACACCAAACUUAAAUAUGGUUAAUACUACAGUAUUUGAAACUGGUUUCAAAACACUGACUAAUAGCAAACCCAGGCUGGCAUUAACCAUAGCUAAGAUUAGUGCCCAGGGACACAGGUGGCGCUGUGGGUUAAACCACUGAGCCUAGGACUUGCCGAUCAGAAGGUCGGCGGUUCGAAUCCCUGCGACGGGGUGAGCUCCCGUUGCUCGGUCCCUGCUCCUGCCAACCUAGCAGUUCGAAAGCGCAUCAAAAGUGCAAGUAGAUAAAUAGGUACCGCUCCGGCGGGAAGCUAAAAGGCGUUUCCGUGCGCUGCUCUGGUUCGCCAGAAGCGGCUUAGUCAUGCUGGCCACAUGACCUGGAAGCUGUACGCUGGCUCCCUCGGCCAAUAAAUCGAGAUGAGCUCCACAACCCCAGAGUCGGUCACAACUGGACCUAAUGGUCAGGGGUCCCUUUACCUUUACCUAAGAUUAGUGCCCAGGUUUUAACCAUGUUUAACAUGGGUUGGGGAAAUGACCACAGAAGAGGGGUGUCAAUAUAGUAUGUAAGCCUGAGGCCUGCUUCUGGCUCCUUACACCAGCACCCUAGUUGAGAACCACCCUGAGAUCUACAGGUAUAAGUCAGUAAAGGUAAAGGGACCCCUGACUGUUAGGUCCAGUCACGGAUGACUCUGGGGUUGCGGCACUCAUCUUGCUUUACUGGCCAAGGGAGCCGGCGUACAGCUUCCAGGUCAUGUGGCCAGCAUGACUAAGCCGCUUCUGGCGAACCAGAGCAGUGCAUGGAAACACCAUUUCCCUUCCCGCUGGAGCGGUACCUAUUUAUCCACUUGCACUUUGACGUGCUUUCAAACUGCUAGGUUGGCAAGAGCAGGGACCGAGCAAUGGGAGCUCAGCCCUUCGCAGGGAUUCGAACCUUCUGAUCGGCAAGCCCUAGCCUCUGUGAUUUAGACCACAGUGCCACCCGCGUCCCAUGUCAGUAUACCAAUAUAAUAAAUAAUAAAAAAAGCAUAGACCGGGUUCAUCAGCACUGGCUGUACUCCUUUCUAUUCUUCUCAUCCAGAAUCCAGCUACAUGUUUUAUGUUCAUCACUUAGCUCUCAUGUUUAUUUGUUUUGUUUUCCCCCUACUACAACAGUGUCAUACUGGGGGGUGCAAACCUUCUCUCUCAUGUUUUCACCUUUGCUAGAAAACACUCUUUUAUUUUUUGAGGAGUUCUACAUGCCCAGUUCUGUCAAGGCACAUUCUCACCUGUGGUUGAUGAUGUGCUAAUAAGUGUAUGACUGAUACAUGGUUGCUGGAGAUCUUCCUCUUGGGACCAUUCUUUCCAGCAGCAAUAUGUGCUGAAAAUGUUGUGCUUGGCUUUGGCAAUGUUAAACUCCUUAAGUGACUGCCAUUGCCACUUUACCUUCGCUGUCAUGUAUAUCUAUCUCUGCUUGAGGUUACAAUGAAAGUGAUGACGGUGGUGUACUUAUCAUACAGAGAGAAAGACGCUUUGCAUUUAAGAAAGUUGAGGAACUUGUACUUUGCAAGCCAAAACAUGCAAGUCUGAAAUUCCCUGUAAUUUGCUUGGUCUUAUGACUUUCACUAAUGCUGCAGUCCUUGGCAUACAUACUUAGGAAAUAGGUCCUGGUAGGCUCAAUGUAUCAUUCCUCUUCUCCUGCUGGAAUUUGUUCUAGCAAUCUCAGGAGGUGCUGUUUGAAACCAAGAGGACCUUUUCCCAGCUUUGCCUGGCGUGUCCCUGCAUCCUUUCCUUGAUUAUCAGGGCUUUGUCUCCUUAUCUCAAGAGCGGCUAAUUUGUGGCCCUCCCAGCCUUGCUGGUUUCCAACUCACAUCAUCCCUGGCCACUUGCAUCAUCCCUGGCAAGACCUGAUAGGAGCUGGGAGUCCCAACAACACUUGGAAAGCCACAGAUUCUCUUACCCUUGCUUUAAUCCAUAUCUAGGUAGUGUCUUGAUUUGGAAGGGGUAAUGUAAUGUGCCCUUGGUUUGGCAGCCUUUGAAGAGUGUUUUGAAAUGGCUUUCUAUAGAAGGCUGCAGCAGGAAUUGUAGCUUGCGCAAGGCUGGAAAACGAGGAGUGGGGACAGGGAAUGGAAGGGCAUCCGCUAGCUAGAACGUGGGUAGGCAAACUAAGGCCCGGGGGCCGGAUCUGGCCCAAUCGCCUUCUAAAUCUGGCCUGCGGACGGUCUGGGAAUCAGCGUGUUUUUACACGAGUAGAAUGUGUCCUUUUAUUUAAAAUGCAUCUCUGUGUUAUUUGUGGGGCAUAGGAAUUUGUUCAUUUCCCCCCCAAAAUAUAGUCCAGUCCCCCACAAGGUCUGAGGGACAGUGGACUGGCCCCCUGCUGAAAAAGUUUGCUGACCCCUGCGCUAGAAAAAGGGAAGCUUCAUAGCCAGACACUGGAGAGACCUGUCGGGAGUAAGCAUGGACCAAUGGUAUCAAAUAGCAUGGGGAACAACCUUAUUAGAAAAACUAACCAAACAAACUGAAAUUAACACGGGGACAAAUAGAAGAAGACACCUUCACCCCAAUUUGGUUCCCCUUUAUCAUAUAUACAGCCCAACAAGACAACAAGAAGAAUCCCCCGACAGCAUACGAAUCAAUCUGUCUAACCUGAUUCAAAAAUACACACUCAUACCCCACUCACACACAAAAACAAUUCUCACUACAGCCAACCAAAGACAACCAACCACACCCUAAGCCACACUCCACCUCUUUCACCACCAAGGAAAUACAACAAGUGAAUAGUAAGAGAACCCAUACAAGUAACACUGACACAACCCUUCACACACGCUAAGUAGAAUAAUAGAAGCAUAACCAUCCCUCGCCACCCUACCUGCCACUCCGUCCUUCACCUCUUCCUCUUUCUUUCUUUCUUUCUUUCUUUCUUUCUUUCUUCUUCCUCCUCCUAAUCAUUUAAACCAAAUCAUAAACCAAGAACUCAUACAUUGACCACUAAUAAUGAAACUUAUGUUGUAGAUAUUUUCCCACAUUUAUUAUGCUAUUUUGUGAUAUACAGAUGAUAUGAGAAAACUUGGUAUACUUAUUUGUAUAACAUCAUUCUUGUUUAUAAAACCCAAUUAAAACAGCAAAAAAAGGGGGGGAGGCUGGCACAUCAAACAGCAGUAUUCCGCACUGCAACAUUUUGUUGCGGAUAUAACUUGCAUUUAAUUGCUGUAUUUACUGACUGAAGGUUCAACCACAUAGAAAAAUUGGCUUGAUGUGGAAGGAGGGUAACUGUUCUAGAUAAAGUUCCCUUUCCUCACACACCCCAGGCUCGCUGUAUUGAUUAGCAUUAGAAUAUGAUGGGGAAAGCUACCUUUGCUUCUCAAGCUUUUACCCGCCUAUGACAAAUCUGGACGUGCGUUUCCAGUUCACCCUCCAAUUGAUCGGUUCGGAAAGAAGUCAGAGGUUAAGUAUAGUGUGCCACUCUAGGGCAUAUGAUAGGAUGCUGUGUAAUUAAGGUGGUUAAACUUGGCCUUCUACAUGCAUGGCUCAGAGUGGAUUUGUUUGGUGUGUGUGUUGUUGUUUUUUUAAAAAAAAACUUGGCAAAAGGCAAGAAGAGAAUGCAUGGCUAUAAAAUGUAGUUUCUGUGCAACAAUAUUUUCUCUGAAGCUCCUAUAAUUCCCAGGAGGCUGUCUGAUCUGCCAUCUCUCAGCAGUUAAGCUGACUAUUCUGAGAUGACUGUAGAUAAAAUCAGAUGAAACUACUUGCAGAAACAACUCUCCCCCUUCUCUACUGAUUAUAUUGUUUUGUAUCUGAAUUAGUCAACAUCUAUAGCUACGCUCUCCCUCUGUUCAUGUUUUUACUUUUAUGUUUCCCCAAAAUGUUACAGAAUUGGUACAGAAUCUGAUCCCCAACCUACAAGAAUAUAAGCUUUGUGACUUUUUUUUCUUUUUAGCAAACAUGCUUGUCAGUAUUCUCAUAAUCCAGUACUGCUAUAUUGCAAGAACACAUGAGCCCCAAAGCAAAAUGUAAGAUAACAGAUUCAGCCAGUGAAAAAGGUGAAAAUUGACUUCAAGGUGAUGAUAGAAUAGUGAGAAGUUAAAGCUUUGAAUUUUUUCCCCUGGUGUUGUCAUCCUUACUCUCUCUCUUAAUUUGAAUUGAUGCGAAUCUAAGGUAGUACAAUCUCAACAUUUGAAACUUAUGGAAAACACAAAUGUAUACAAUUUUCUGGGCUAUUUUUAGAAACGAACCUACAUAAAAGCAGCUAAAGGAACUACUAAAGGAACCAAUCCUGCGUAUGUUUCAGUUGCUGGGAAAUUUCCCUGAAUUCAGUGGGGCUUACUCCCAGGAAACACUGCAUAGGAUUGUACCAAGCUGCAUAGUGGUUAAUAGAAUGAGAAUUUCACAGUUCUAAUAAGCCACUCAUAUGUAGCAAUCUCUGCCUCCCAUUAACUUCUGGCCUGUUUUAUCAGAAUGCUGUUCGCAGGUUUUUCUUUGUCAAGGAGAAGAGCUAAUGUCCCCUAAUAUGUAACCUUUUUUUCCAGGUACAACUGCUAAACCCUUUCUUCUUCUUUAGUUAAUUUUUAUUGAAAGUUUUCAAUAUAAAAUACAAUAAAAGUCAAGCUAGAUAAAGAAAAGAGGAAACAAAAAAGAAUUAAAGGCCCUUCAUCACAAUUAUAUCAUAUCCUUUAUCCAUACACAGAAAGGUAGACCCUCCCAGCUCCCACCUGGGAGCCUGUUUCUUCCUCCAGCCUCCCACCCUGGGAGACCCUUUCUACCCUGCCUCUCAAACAGGGACCACCAUCUUCCAACUGUUACCUUCCUGUGGAACAAGGCAUGAGUGCUAAAUUCAUGUUUGGAAUGAUUAAUGGACCAGGUGAAGGUUGCUAAGCUGAAGCUCAGUCCUGAAAAGACAGUAUUGAUGGGUAGUUCAUAUGUUUUGGAAGUUGGUGUUCAACCUGCUCUGGCUGGGAUUGCACUCCCUUUAAAGUAGGGGUGGCUAACCUGUGGCCCACCAGAUGUUGCAGGACUGUACAUCCACGUCAUUCCUGCCCAUUGGCCAUGCUGGCUGGCACAUGCUAGAGUCCAACAACAUCUGGAACACCACUGGUCUUAAGGAUCAGGCCUUCAGUCUUAAAUGCUGACUGCUCCAACUCUGCCAUUGGAGACUUCAUGGCAUACUGCACCUUUUACCAGGUUAAAGAAGUACACCAGCUGCAACCCCACCUAGGUAGAGAUAGCCUGGCCACAGUCACCCAUGGCUUGGUAACCUCCAAAUUAGAUUAGUACAGUGCAUUAUUACACCUUUGAAUACGUUUCAGAAAAUGUAGUGAGUUCAGCUUACUGCUGCCAACUGGGGUGGCCCCAAGGGAGCACACCAUGUCACAUUUGAAACAAGCUCACCAAUCUGUCAAUCAGUUUCUGUGCACAAACUGAAAAUGCUUUAAAAACAAUGCUUUGCCUGUGUCAUGUUAGCUACAGCAGGGAUGGGGAACCAGUGGUUCUCAAUAUGUUUGUGGACUACAACUCCCAUCACCCCAGGCCAAUGCAUGUAUAGUUUGAGGCUGAUGGGAGUUGGAGUCCCAACUGCAGCUGGAAGGGUCAUAGAUUCACCACCCCUGAGCUAAAGUGAUGGAAAGGUCUCAUAUUGUGAAGUUAUCUGUUGUUCUUUAUUCCUAUAAAGAUGAAAGUUAUAAUGCUGCUUUUUCUGUGUGCUUGGUUCAUAUUCCUAAAACCUGCUUAUGAAUAUAUUGCUAUGAGCCAGUGUGGUCAACUAGUUAUAGAUUAGUGCAGGCACCCCCAAACUCAGCCUUCCAGAUAUUUUGGGACUACAACGCCCAUCAUCCCUGACCACUGAUCCUGUUAUUUAGGGAUGAUGGGAGUUGUAGUGCCAAAACAUCUGGAGGGCCAAGUUUGCCUAAGCCUGGAUUAGUGGAAUGGGGCUAUGGCGAAUGGAAUUCAGAUCCUGGUCACUGAACAGUCUUGGACAUGUUAGCCCUUCAGAGGAUAAGAUGGGAAUGACCCUGGCAUGUCAGAUUCCUUAGGCAUAUUGUUUGCAAAUACAGCAAAUGAAGGUAUUGGGUGGGAGUCAAAUAAGUUGUUCUGUGCUUGGAAUGAGAUCCAUUUACAUGGCAGGACUUCCCCUUCUGCUCCCUGCACAUACCACCGGAUGCUGCCUAAACCAUUUUGGGGUUUGCUCUCAGUCCUCCACAGCAGAAAAUUAUGUGGGAAGACAUGCAGGAGAAGGAGAGGGUGGGAAUUCUAUUGUACAAGCAGACUUUAUAUGUUGAAUUCCACCCAUUGUCAUCUCCAGUGUUACCUUGAUAUAUUUGCCAGUGGAAACCCAGCCAGAUGGGCGGAGUAUAAUAAAUUAUUAUUAAUUGUUGAUAGUAGGAUGUUAUUAUACAUUGAUACAUGUGUUUUGUUUCAGAACUCUGGAUGUAUUAACAUCCAUUCUAAACAGCAUUCUUGUUCUUUCAGUUCACCUGCGACUUGCCAUCUAAACAUAGAAAUAUUUUUGUUCUCUUGCAGAGGAGCCACAGCUCAGGCACGUAGAAAAGGAUGUUUUGAUUCCAAAAAUGAUGAGAGAGAAGGCCAGGGAACUAUGUUCUGAUAAAGUACAAGGUGAGAGUGAAAUUCAUCAAAAUACGAAAUCUAAUCAGUUAUGUGACCUGAAUUUUAUCAUUUUCCAAGCUGUCAUAGGAGCAGUGAACAUAGGUGUGUGAUUUUUAUCUCUCUUCUUUAUUGCAUGCUCAGUACUAUGCAUUGUAGAAUGCUGGGCUGAAAUAAUUUGCUGAAAAGAGUUUGCUGCAACGUGGGCACCAUACUGAAGAAAGGAAGCAUUCCGUACUUUUCUUUGGGAGAGAUAAAGACAGGAUCAUAACAAUGACUGCAACACAAAAUAGAUUAAAAGAAAUUAGGCAUGCUGUUGGGCUGAACCUAGUGGUAAACAUCAAUGACAAAUAUUUUCAUUUAAUUUGCGCUGAAGGGCCAGGAUAUUGUUCCCAGCUACCUUGAUUGCCAGAAAUCUGGAAAUCUGUGGGCACGUGCGCUUGCUUGCAAAGUCCUAAACAGCUUAGGGUAUACCCUUGUUUCUUCACCCCCACUGCCUUUCCUUUUAGUGUCUGUAUAACAACACAAUGGCAUAUUUGCAGAGAAGUGACAUUAUAAUUUUUGAAGUUGUCAGAUGCUUCAAUUCACCUGGAAUCACUAACCCAGUUCUAUACUACAACUCUCAUUGAGGCAAACACAUAAUGGUCAGGUACCUUAGAAGAAGCUGAUUAGGGUUAUCCAGUAUUAUGCCAUCUAAAAUUCAAUUGGAGCGGUCUUGAGAAUGCUGUUGUACGCUGCAUUGCACCCGUGCAUGUCGGGCCAUGAAAGAUCCUCCUUCACAGGCACUGAUAAUCUUCAGAUUGAAAGUGGAGGAGAUUCUAGUGUCUGUCGGGAAUGUAUCUCCCUUUGCAGAAAGCAAGCUGGAAGCUCUUUAAGAGCAGGAACCUGCUUAUAUUUUGCCUCUUUGAAUUCUGUAAGGAGCCAUAUACACAGACAGUCCUGUAUAAAAUGAUAAUAACUGGCAGGGGUCUAAAAUAAUAAAGUCUGUAUUUUUCUUUGUUGCCUGUAGUUAACACUGAGCUUUAUACAAGUUAAAUUUGAUUUAUAAUAGUGCAUGGCUUUUGAGGGAACGAGAAAAUGGCAUAAGACUCUCACCUCUGCAUUCAGCUAAACUGCCAACGUGCAGAGCAACUCCCCAUAUGUUUUGGAAUUGCAGGGGAAAGAGGUGUGAUGUUGUGAAAAUUGCAAAAUAACCUAAGUCCUGUGAACAGGAGAAAAAUAGAGAGGCUGAAAGCAUUCACUCAGGGGAAGUAGGUCAUAUAACUGGGGGUAGUUCCUGUACUUCCAGACAUUGUAGCUGUUACCUUGGGUAUGCAGAUCAGCAUAAAGGACAAUCAGUGAUUUGAGACCUUAAAACUAUUUCAAGUAUUUAUCAUUGAAACUUUUGACACUUAAAGAACUUGGGAACAUGAUUCACUGUGGUGUUAGCGUAUGAAGAAUAGAAAUAGCUCUGUACUAUAAUGCUUUUAAUAUGAGAUGUAGCCAAAUAAAUUGUGUGUGCAUUGGAUAAUUCAUUUGAUUUGUCAGAAGAAAAGCCAGUAACACACUUUUGAGAGUUGCACCAUGUUUAACAGAAAGUAAAAGAACAAUCAUGCUUCUAUUGAAAUUACAUAUUCAAGACCCUGUUACAAUUCAUUGACUUUUUGGCUUAACAUCUGUGGUGUGUUUUUUCAAGGUUGCCCAGACAAAGUAAGAUUGUAUUCUGUUGUUUAAUGCACCAUAAAUAUUGCCAGGUUAAGUACUUAAGGAUAACUGAAAAUAGAAUCUGUGAAAGAAUAACUAAAAGUAAUUGUAUAUUUUUGGGUAUGAAAAUCUUAAAUGCUUUGCUUGGUGAUAUUUAUGGUGCAUAUAAGAUUUUUCCUAAAUACAGUGGUGCCCCGCAAGACGAAUGCCUCGCAAAACGGAAAAACCGCUAGACGAAAGGGUUUUCCGUUUUGAAGUUGCUUCGCAGGACGAAUUCCCCUAUGGGCUUGCUUCGCAAGACGAAAAUACCUUGCGAGUCUAGAGAUUUUUUUUUUCGCUUUUCCCCCCCUUUAUCUAAUCUGCUAAGCCUUUAAUAGCCUUUAAUAGCCUUUUAGCAGCUAAUCCCCUAAGCCUUUAAGCCUUUAAUAGCCGCUAAACAGCUGAUAGCGCUAAUAGCGCUAAUCCGUCAAUGGGCUUGCUUCGCAAGACGAAAAAACCGCUAGACGAAGACUCUUGCGGAACGGAUUAAUUUCGUCUUGCGAGGCACCACUGUAUUUAAUUUUUAUCCUGGUGUAUGAAUAUCAUGCUUAGCAUACCAUAUGGAGUAUAAAUCCCAAUUAUACUAAUCAGUGGGAGCUUAACCAUUGACUUUGAUAAGAUAAAGUUUUCCAGAGGGGCAGCCAUGUUUAUUUAUUAAAUUUUUAUAUCACCCUAGCCUCUUGUAGCAAAAAACAACAGUUUUGUGGUACCUUAAAGACUAUGGCAUUUUCUGGUGGCAUAAAAUAUUGGUAGGUGGCAUAGAGAAUGGUAUUCUGGAGUUAGCCGCUGCCUUGUGGGGCAUCUUUGGGAGAAGAAAAGGCUAAGGAGUAAGCCCUACAGCAAUCCAGAGUGGAAUCCCUAAAACAGUUGGAUGGUAUCUUGUAUGCCUCCUUCCAGGAACUCCUACAGCCAAGCUGGUGCCAACUUUGCUUUCCUCUGCUCUGCUUUCCUUUGGACCAUGCCAGUGAGGCCGAGAGGAUGAUAUUGUCACCUGGGCCGCCCAGGACCUCCGUAGACACUGCCCAGGCUUGUGCCCUGAGGCGGGUCACUUCACGGCAGCUAGCACAGUGGUUUGACUUCACGCCUGUAGGUCUACUCCAUUGUCUCUCAAGACAGAUGGAUGCCAGUCUCUCUGGGUGUGUGGGUGGGUGAGUGUAUACACACAUACUUUCUCUAGUCAUCAAGACUUCAUCCUAAAAUUAUUACCCCAAUAUGCUGCUGACAUCAUGAAGGGAACUUAUCAGGAAAAUAUGUGUAGCUUUGAAGUAGGCUGCCUCCCUCUUCCCUGAAAAACCUGUUCCCUAACAGUUAGGUGACCCUUGGUAAAUAAUGUGUUGCCAAGGGGGAAGUUGGGCAGAUAUUGACCCUCUUUGUGUGAGUAAAAGAGCAACUUAAGAUCCAAGCCAUUGUAUAGGUAAAGGUACCCCUGACCGUUAGGUCCAGUCACGGACGACUCUGGGGUUGUUCGCGCAUCUUGCUCUAUAGGCCGAGGGAGCCAGCGUACAGCUUCCGGAUCAUGUGGCCAGCAUGACUAAGCCGCUUCUGGCGAACCAGAGCAGUGCACAGAAACGCCGUUUACCUUCCCACUCGAGUGGUACCUAUUUAUCUAUUUGCACUUGACAUGCUUUUGAACUGCUAGGUGGGCAGGAGCUGGAACUGAACAACAGGAGCUCACCCCGUCGCAGGGAUUUGAACUGCCGACCUUCCGAUCGGCAAGCCCUAGGUUCUGUGGUUUAGACCACAGCGCCACCCGUGUCCCUAAGUCAUUGUAUGUUCCAUACCAAAUACAGUGGGACCUCGGUUGUCGAACGUAAUCCAUUCCGGAAGACCGUUCGACUUCCAAAACAUUUGACAACCAAGGCACAAUGGGCGGUCAGUCAAUUUCAAUGGAGAAAAUGGAGAAAUGCGCCUCAGAAGCCAUUCGACUUCCGAGGUGCGUUCAAAAACAGAAGCAUUCACUUCCAGAUUUUCUGUGUUUGGGUUCUGAAUCUUUCGGCUUCUGAGAUGCUCGAAAACCGAGGUUCCACUGUACUGGUUGGUUUCAUGUGACAAUAACAUGAAUGUAUGUAUGAAUGCAUGAAUGUAUGCUGUCUCUAACACUGAUUUUGUGUUCAUUGAAAAGUUACAUUCUUAUUCCCAGCUGCAUUGCAAUCUGUUAAGAAAGCUAUGGAAUAUUGAAUAUAGGUGUUCAUAUAAUUGUGAUACAUUGUUAAAUCCACGGUAUUCCAAGUUUGCACUUCCACAUAUGUUACUUGAUUGUGUUGCCUAGGUGUGACUAAAACACAAACAAGGAGAACUCCCUUUCUGUAUAUUUUUAUUAAUCUGAUUACUCUGCUGCAAACAGUCUUUUCAUUUUCUCCCUUACAUCAGAGUUUAAGUGCUUUUGAGUUACAAGCUCUAUAAUGUAUUGAGCCAACUUUGUUUACAGGGUCUGUCUCAGAUUUAGACUCUCGAUUCAAGUAUGUAUAAUUUGUACAUUACCUAUUUUCUUUUUAAACUAGCAUUUCAGUGCAAGAACAUUCACAUUCCACUUAGAAACAAUCCUUGGUGCACUCCGCACUAGUGAGUAUGCAAACAUGGUCUCACCUUUUCGUGUGCUAGGCUCACUUUCACUAAAGCCUGGAUAUCCAGGUUACAGCAAUGAUUUGUCACGUUUUCGAUAAAGUGGGGAAAUAGGCUUUUGUGUAUCUCUGCACCUGAUGACUCUUUGGAGACUUUCACAUGUGCACAGUCUGCUGUGGCCUGCCUUCUGAAGGAGAGAGAUCAGAACUCAUUACGCCUGUCUUCAGUCCACUGGCUUCCUUUGCCAUGCAGACUCUGUUGAAGGCACUGAUGAAGACCUGUAAAGCCCAGCACCCCAUCCUCCCGCCCUGUGAUCAACCAUGAUGAUCUUUAAGCCAGCCAGCACUAUUAUCUUAGAUAGGGAGUGGAUGGCGCUGUGGUCUAAACCACUGAGCCCCUUGGGCUUGCCGAUUGGAAGGUUGGUGGUUCAAAUCCGUGCCACGGGGUGAACUCCUAUUGCUCUGUCCCAGUUUCUGCCAACCUAGCAGUUCAAAAGCAUACCAGUGAAAGUAGAUAAAUAGGUACUGCUCCAGUGGGAAGGUAAAUGGCAUUUCUGUGUGCUCUGGCACUCAUCAUGGUCCUCCUUGCGCCAGUAGUGGUAUAGUCAUGCUGGGCACAUGACCUGGAAAGCUGUCUGUGGACAAACACGGCUCUCUUAGCUUGAAAAGCAAGAUGAGUGCCACACCUCAUAGUCGCCUUUGACUGGAUUCAACCAUCCAGGGGUCAUUUACCUUUUUUUACCUACAUAGAACCAUAGAGUUGGAAGGUACCACAAGGUUCAUCUAGACUCCCAAGAUAGGACUCAAACCUUUGACCCUGAGGUUAAAAGUGCCAUGCUUUACUGACUGGCUUAUUAAAAAAUAUAUAUUGGGGAAGCUUUAGGUUGUACUGAUCCAUAUUAUUUGUAGGCAUUCAUUCAGACCAGCCUUUGCUUAAAUUAACUUGUAAUAUUUUCCAUUUGAUGGGGUAAAUAAAAUGAGAAGAGAGAGAGCAAAUUAGGUGAGAGAAAAAAAAUAAAUCUUUUUUGCUUGGGCUUCCUGCUAACUAGAAAGUCUGGACAGUUAAUCUAGGAAGACAGUUUUGAAAUUGUGGUCACCUGAUGUCUUCUGGAACAGUGUAAGAGAGCUCUGAAUGCUAGGAACCAUUUUACACACAUGGUAAACAAUGCUAAUGUUGGACAGUCAUUCCCUACGUUACCCAAAAUGUACAUUAUUUUCUACUUGGGUUUUGUCCUCAAUAAUUGGUUAUUGACAUUUGGGGGGAUGGGUUUAAAAGAAAAUCAUGAUGGGAUUCAAAAGGGGAGUUUAUUUCUAUUGUUCUUAGGUCUUUGUUGAUGAAAUGGCCACAUUUUAAUAAAAGCAAGUGUAUUCUGAAUAUUUAAAGUGUGCAGUUGUGAUAGUCAUAGACCUAUGGAUUGCAGAAUAACCCCAUACUGUUUCAAAUACUUGGCCAAGCCGAACAGCUAUAAUUAGGAAAGUAUUCUGGCAAAGGCUGUUUCCAAAUGCCACCAUUCUUCCUCUCCCCAGGGACAGCAUUGAUACUUAGUAAAGUUGAUGGGAUGAAACACCACUUCAGGCUUUCCUAAAGUAGAGUAAGGCCAAUGUCAACCAUUGUUUUAGUAAUACACACUUAAUCAACAGUCCACUAGUAGCUGGGAUCUUAUCUGUCCCUCUAGGGGCCACCUGCACCAGAGCAUGACCCUUGCACCUGACACAUCAAGCUCCAUAAAAGGAGAGCAAUUCCAAAUCCUUGGGCAGAUGUUGGCACUGCCUGUUUAAAUGCCCAAGGACACCUGGAAAAAAAACACUUUAUAAAUGUCUUGUGUUCUCUCAUCAGAAACACAGAUAAGGAAAUGUGUGAAAUACUUAGUAGCAUCAUGCUGGGAUAGGUUUAUGCCCAUCACUUCUACUCUCUAUUAAUUAAAAAAAAAAAGGACCAGGUUCUAUUAACUGAACAUAAUAUAUGUCGGAGGCUAAGGCAGAGGAAAUGUCUUGGCACAAGUACAUGGGGAUCUAAAAUGCCGUUAACACAGUUUGAUGUGAGGACUUGAGGUGCUAAGAGAGCCAGAGUAAUAUAGUUUAGAGUGUCAGCUUGAGUUCAAAUCCCCACUUAACCAUGAGGGUCACUAGAUAGUACUGGACCACUCACUAUCUCUCAGCCUAGCCUACCUUGUAUGGUCAUUGUAGGGAAAGAAUGGGAAGUGGAGAGCACCAUGUAAAGGUAAAAGGUAAAGGGACCCCUGGACGGUUAUGUCCAGUCAAAGGCGACUAUGGGGUUGCGGUGCUCAUCUUGCUUUCAGACCGAGGGAGCGGGCGUUUGUCCACAGAUAGCUUUCUGGGUCAUGUGGUCCGCAUGACUACACCGCUACUGGUGCAAUGGGACACCAUGAUGGAAACCAGAGUGCAUGUAAACACCGUUUACCUUCCUGCUGCAGCGGUACCUAUUUAUCUACUUGCACUGUUGUGCUUUCGAAUUGCUAGGUUGGCAGGAGCAGGGACAGAGCAACGGGAGCUCACCCCGUCGCAGGGAUUCGAACUAUCGACCUUCUGAUUGGCAAGCCCAAGCGGCUCAGUGGUUUAGACCACAGUGCCACCCGCGUCCCUAGACCACCAUGUAUGCCAUCUUGAGCUCCUUAGAAGGAUAUAAAUUUAAUUAAUAUUUUGAGAGCCUGAGAUACUAGUGCAUUAGCAAGCUGCUUUAAAAAAAACAACAACCCUGUAAAUUCACUUCCACAUUUACUAUUACUUUGGUUUAUCAUUUCUUCAAUAUAGUAAUGCCACAGUUUAUCUGCAUUUAACUGUGCCCAUUCAGCUUCAUGUGGUUGGCAAUAUAGUUUUAGAAAGGGAGCAGGUGUCCAGGGUAAAAAUACAUUGGCAAUCCCAUCUGCCAUUGGACCCACUGUUCUUUAACUAGCAUGUGAUUUUGGCUUUAGAUGCGAUCCCCCAAAUGUAACCCCCAUGUAAGUUGCGGGCUUACUGCAUUGCAAAAUGCUCAACUGAUUUUAUUUUAUUUUUUGAACCAAGCAAUGUAUUGUAUGCUAUUGCAGAUUCCCUCUUAAUUUUCGGAGUGUGCUUUAAAUCAAGUACUAGUGGUGGCAUCACUAUUACUCUUUUGUUUCAGUCUAAUUCUGUUUUUAUAAAGUAUGGGAUUAAAGAGCGGAGAUGAAAGUGAAAGGCAGUAUUUUCCAUAGUUUAGAAAGAUGCACAUGACUGGGCUGAGCCGAAGUGAGACUCAGGCUUGUGCUAUUCACACACUUCAUGAGUAUCAGUUUUCCUGAAUCUCAUUUUGUUGUGUUUUCUUGUCUAGCGAUCUUGGUUUGUCACAGACUCUGGUCAGUUUCAAAGCUAACCAAUUUCAAGUCAUAGUUUAUGAAGCUGGCUUGUUAAACUGACAGCAUGUUUGGCUAUACACUAAAUAUUUCACAUGUAGCUGUUUGAACUCCCUACCAGUAGAGUAGCUUCAUGCUACAUAUCUUCAUUUAUCAUUAUAUCAUGCAAUUCAGGGAGCAUAGUGAAAUAAACUUGUAUAAACGCAUCUCAUCUUAUGAGUAGACAAUGGUAUGUGCUAAAGCUUCAGUGUGCAUUCUUCGAUACGGUAUUGUAAUGUGUGAAGCAUCCUAGAGAAACUGUGUGAAAACUACACUUCAGACAGAAUUCCUUAUGCUGUGGGUGAUAUCACCUUCUGCAUUAAACAGUUAUAUGUCGCUACGGUUCAUUUGGAUAUUUGCGUUCAUUGAUGGAGAAAACCUAGAUACUCAUAGGCCAGUAUUAGGGAUUCCUAGGAAAGUUGGUUGAAAUGAAAGGUGUGGCUGAGCAGAGACUUUUCCUGUUUGGUUUUUCCAUGUCAUUUCAACCCAGCUGAUCGCAAGAAAUGGGUCAGGCAGCUAACAUUAACACCGCAACUGCAUGUAUUUUUUUUCCUUAAAGGGAAUGGAACAGCUUUUGCGAGGACAAAGAGAAAUGAAAUCACUUUCAGUGAAAGAAAGAGGCCUCAUUAUAGCCACCAACAGCAGUUAUUGACAGCUACACUUCCUAUUAACAAGGAGCAUUUAAGAGUUUGGCUGUUGGAUCUUUGGACUUGAUCUAAUUUGCUAGCAUUAAUUAGUUUCUUUUGAGCACAGACACUUGGUGCUCACAGCUAUAGAUUUAGAUGACUAAUUAGGACAGAAAAUUGAACAGAAUGGGGUAAGGCAUUAACCUUCAACCAUUACCAGCUGGGGCUCUUUUAAAGACGACAAAGUCCAAAUGCUUCCUAUUCAUAUAAGGAGUAUCCUAAUGAAUAUCAAUUUCAGCCAGGUUGCCUUAUUCCUAUCAGCACUCUCUUAAAUUUUAUAUUACCUUCAAUAAAGUUUUAAUUGCACCUCUCUCAUUAUCCAGAUUUUUAGUGUAAUGUCCAAAGAAGGCAAGCAUGAUGGCAGAUUAACUUGUAUCUCCUCAAUUAUCUCUCAUUUUGGUUCUUUAAACAAUUGACAUUGGUCUAGGGCUUUAACCAAGACUUGAAUAAUUUGGGGUCAAUAUGCCAUUACUAUCUUAAUCAUUAUAAUGUAGGUAGUUAAGCCAUCAAGUUAAAACACCGCCAUUAACUGAGAGGUGUUUAAUCCUGACACAUUCCCUGAAUAUAUUUGCAUUAAUAUCCGCAGCAAGAACUCUGAUACAACCAACUCCUGAGGCUUAAACAGUAGCUUGCUAAUUAAGUACAUCUUUAUCAUUAGCUAUUCUAAUGAUAUGCGAGCAGUGUGGUGAUGUGUUAACAUGAGUAUCUAGGUUCAGGAGCAGGAAUAUUCUUUGGGCCCAUAAACAACAUGCAUCCUAUGCAUGCUUACUUGAAAGUAAGUCUUCAUUGAGUCCCAUGGGUACAUCAUAAGAUUGGUUUGUAAGAACUGACAGACUCCCAUCCAUAGAAGAACAAUACUGUGUCCUUUAAGAGAGAAGGUAUUGAAAAGCUUCUCAAUUUCCCCAGUGAGACUUCUCAAAGAGCUUGUGUGUUUUAGAUGACACUGAUGCUGGUAGAUUUUUCCACACUGAAGAAGGCUGGGGAAAAGUUCAAACUUUCUCUGUUUCUUAUUCAGUAACAUCUUUGGAAAAUAGUUGCUGACAUGUAAAACUGCUUUUCUGGGAUGACUUCUGGAAUAUAAUCUAGGCCGGUGGUAACCAAACUCAGCCCUCCAGCUGUUUUGGGACUACAUUUCCCAUCAUCCCUGACCACUGGUCCUGUUAGCUAGGGAUGGGGAGUUGUAGUCCCAAAAUAGCUAGAGGGCCAAGUUUGGCCACCACUGAUUUAGGCUGUUCCUUGUGUCCUGUGUAUUGCUGCCAUUAUGAUCUUUCUAGGAGAUCAAUGGGUUUUAGUCCUGGUGAGAAGGGAAGCAGGGUUUCAGUCAAGGUCAGAACUUCAUAGAUGCUCCAUAGUGUUUCAGUGGAUAGAGAAAAACUGGUGGCCAGGAUCAGAGUGCUUUUAAAAGGGAUGAAAAUCUUUGCCUUUCAGAUAAUGGUCAUCAUGCUGAGAUGACCACCAUCACUGUGUCAUCUAGGUUUUAGAGUUCAGUGUCACUGCUUCGUCUCUGGUUUUAAAAUCCCCAAACAUGUGCCACAGCUUGUAACCUUUAUUUUUGACCCAACUAUGUAUUUUCCUCUGAUUUCUCUUUACUUUCACUGAUGUUGAUUAAUGCCUGUGGUUCUUGCACAAGACUUUACUGUUAAGGUGCUUGGGCUUUCAGUUGAUGCUUAGGACAAAAAUUGAGUUUCAUACAUAGAAUUAUAUUUCUAAAUCCAUUAAGAAUGUGAUGCAAAGAGAGAUAGCUCAAUUUUUUAAAAAAACAUUAAAAUAUUAUAAUAAUAAUUUGUUAUUUAUACCCUGCCCAUCCCGGUUCAGAAAACCGGGCUCAGGGUGGCUAACAACAAAUUUAAAACACUUAAUUGUGAUACAACAAAAAACAGCAUAAAAUACAGUAUCAAAGUGUGAAUAACAAUAAAUUCAAAGUUCUAAAAUCAAAGUUCUAAAUUUUGAUUUAGGGGAAAAUCCAUCCAAUAAACAUUAGAUGAUCACUAGGGCUAGCUGGCUAAAUUAGUCCUAUUUGGGCCAGCAAGGAGGCCAGGGGAGAAUUAGCUGUGGGAUCCCAGAGUGGGUAAUCUUCAUAAAAGGGGAGGGGGAGGGAAGGAAGGGGAAUAAAAGAUCGGGAUAAAUUCAAAUUGAAAGCUAGGCAGAAUAGCUCUGUCUUACAGGCCCUGCAGAAGGAGGUUAAAUCCUGCAGGGCCCUGGUCUCCUGGGACAGAGCAUUCCACCAGGUCGGAGCCAUCACUGAGAAGGCCCUGGCCCUGGUGGAGGAUAAUCUGACUUCCUUAGGGCCCGGGACCUCUAAGGGCUAUACGUUGAUUCAAUAAAUCAGCAGUGGCUCAGAAGAGCGGGGGGGGGGGGGCGUGCGGAGAAGCGUAAGGAUUGAAGGCACUACUUUCAAAGGAAGGUGGAUGAAUGGGGGAUAUUGCUCCCGGAGCUCCUCCACAUUCUCUCUACAAUGUCUCAUUUACAUUGACUUCUUCCUGAGGCACCAAAAUACUUCCAACAAAUACUGACACAGAGAUACUUUUCUGAUGCUGCAUUCAGGUUGCGCUCCUUCCUCCUUGGAGACCUCUUCCAAGCCAUCUUUGGAUGUUGAGAAUCAAGUAAUUAUGCAGGGGUGCGAGAAGGAGAAAAAAAGCACACAACUUCACGUCCUCCCCAUUUGGUCACUGUCUCUAAGUUGGAGGGCGACCUUCUGAAACACAGAGCUGCUUGUACUCCUGCAGGCCUUCUGUGGUUGUGGAACCCUGGAAAAUCUACAGGUUGUCCAAAGUUCAUUCUACCCAGAGUAAACCUAUUGAAAUAAAUAGACAUGACUAACUUGGGUCCAUUAAUUUCAGUGGGCUUGCUCUAAGUAAAGCUUGGUUGGCUACAACCCUAAGCAUACUCAUCACUUCGGUUGCUUUGUUGCAUGAUUACUUCACAUAGUUUCUGAAUGCCUGAAGAAUCACUCCAAUCUACUCUCUCCCUGCCCCUUAAAGUGUUCAAGGUGUGCAGUAUCUGGCAGUGCUUUAUUGCAAAACUUUGCACAACACAGUACCUUUUUUUUAGUCGAGUGAUGAUAUUUAUGGGCUAGCAUAGCUAUAUUUGAGGAUCUUAUUAAAUUAUACUUUUGUCUUCUUUCCAGACAGCAUGCAAUAAAUACUGUAUUAGCUUUUUGUAGCUUUUAGAUGCCCUCACUAUUAUGUGUAAUAGGUUGUCUUUGUCGGUGUGUACUUGGCAGUGUGUAAACGCAAUAGCUUUUAACAAAUUGUCUGUAGGUAGGGGUGUGAAUUGUGAUUAUGUGUGCUUGUCACUACACUCCUUCAUAUACUCUGUAUCCGCACAUGCAGAUCCCAGCUCGCGUAGGAUUCACUUUCAUGACUUGUGCAGCACGGCACUGCAGUGUACAGUUGGUCUCUAUACAGAUGUCAUAAUCGAAAUGUGGAUGUUGUGGAUGGAGUUAGCAGCAUGAUCACAAUUCUCAACUCCCUAGUGAACAGUUGCCCAGAGCUACUGCUACAGAAUCAUAGAGUUGGAAGGGACCACGAGUAUCAUCUGGUCCAACACCCUUUCAGGCCUACCAUGCUGAAAAGAAAAUUCAGUGUGUGUAAACAUGCUAUGCUCCCUUUCCUCUUCACUCCAUCUCUAGAUUUUUCUGUUUUGACUUCUGCUGUGGAGAGAUGAACGAAUCCUUGCAUUCACUCUUGUGCUUACUCACUAGUGGAGACGCAAAUUCUCUUUUUCCAAAGAUUGGAGGGUUCUGAACCUGGGGCUUUACAUAUGCAGAGCACAUGCUCUUCCGCUGAGUUAUAGCCAGUCUUUGUUGCUUACACUCUUUCAAAAUAUUUAGAAAUUGUCUUAAUAAACCAUAAAAUCUGAUCAGAAAAAGCAUUUGGAACAUGGAGGCAGCAUCUGCUGAUUCCCCAGUCUCUCCCUUGUUCGUCCUCUCCCCGCCUCCCCAAAUGUAUCACUCGGUUACUUGUUUACACUAGUUAGUCUGUCAUUGGUGGUGGUUUGAGGAUUUUACUUGGUUUUGUUUCAGAGCAAUUAAUAUUGCACUUCUAAGUGAGAAUAGAAAUAUCUGCAAAUACUGUGGCAUAUGUCACUUCGACACUCUAAAAAUAAUAUAGCAGUGACAUGUUGCUAGGAUAGCUGCAUAUGAAUGCGUAUUGUUGAUGAAUGCUUGCAACAGUAAUAUGAAAAUAAGAGAAAGGGGGGGCUUCUUUCUUCUGUUUUGGCAAUGACAUAUGCUUUACAGUCAAGAAAUCUGCUUUAUAACUGCUACAUAUGCCUGACAUUAAAGAAAUCUGCAGAAGCUGCUUCAGUCCCGUCCCCCCCCCCUUGUUUCAUUCUACAUUGUGGACUAAUGCAGUUAUCUGUGUGUUUGUACAUAAAUAAAUUUCACCAGGAAGGUCCUACUACGUUUUCUGUACAUAUGUGUAAAUAUUUAUAUAGAGUAUAAAUUAUUAACACUGCCCUAAGGUUACUUUCACACUAGAAAUAGGUUGUUUUUCUACUGUUGAAUCUGAUGCAUCUUUUCGUGGAAAUUAUUUACUUUAGUGUUGGAAAACUGCUUCUGCUUUUGAUCAAAUGAGCUACCCAUUUAAGUAAUCCUCGUUUUGCAUUCAAAGCUACCAGUCAAUUGAAUGGCUUUCCAACAAAUGGUGUCAGUGGACCUAAUAAAGGAACCAUUAUUUCUAUCCAGUUGUCAACAGUUUAAGCAGCCCUCCUAACCCCACCUACCUGGGCGUAAGCCACAUUGAAUUUUAAUUCUUUGCGGACGUUGGACUGUGCUAUUAGACUAUUUACCUUCAGAAUUAAAAAGAAUCACACUUUCUAAAUUGCAAAAUUCUAAGUUUUUUAACCAACAGCACCUUAAGAUUGGAUGAAUUUGUACCAGGGUUCCAUCUAGUUCAACCCUCUGCAAUGCAGCAAUCUCAAGUAAAGCAUCCAUGACAGAUCGACAUCCAACCUCUGCUUAGAAACCUCCAAGGAAGGAGAGCCCACCAGUUUGCAAGGGAGUCUGUUCCACUGUCCCAACAGCUCUUACUGUCAGAAAGUUCUUCCUCAGAAUCUGCUUUCUUGUAACUUGAAGCCAUUGGUUUUAGUCCUAGCCUCUAGUGCACGUAUAGGAAACCUCCGGCCCACCAGAUGUUUUGAGACUACAAUUCCCAUCAUCCCUGACCACUGGUCCUGUUAGCUAGGGAUGAUGGGAAUUGUAGUCUCAAAACAUCUGAAGGGCCAGAGUUUGCCUAUGCCUGCUCUAGUGUAAGAAAAACACUGGGGCCUCAUUUGAUUAGUAGAAUUUUUGGUAUCUGGUGGGCGGGGCUUGUGUGUUAUGCCCCUCCCUUCAGUGUGUUCAGUUAAGAAUGUCAGUUAAGAGGGACCAAGACUUGCCUCAUGUUAUUGCACUGAGUUUCAUGUUCAUUUAGUUUCUCUCAUUACGUUAUUUUGUUACAGUAUUAUUAAAGCGUAGUUUACAUUUACGUGAGCCACUUAUUUUUCCUCAAAGAAAAAGAAACUCUGCUGAAGAAUGGUAGACUAUCCUAAAGUUGGGUGAGUGAGGGAAUAUUCCCAGUUUGCCAGUAGUAUUGAUUUUGUUAAUCAUCCUUCCAUCUAGAGCAGGAGAAAACAAGCUUGUUCCAUCUUCCAUGUGGCAGCCCUUUAGAUAUUUGAAGGUGGCUAUCCUAUCUCCUCUCAGGCUCCUCUUUUCCAGGCUAAACCAAACUCUUCCGACUGUUCCUCAUAAGGCUUGGUUUCCAGACCCUUGAUCAUCUUGGUCACUCUCCACUGAACAUGUUCCAGCUUGUCAAUGUCCUUCUUAAAUUGCGGCUCCCAUAACUGGACAUAGUAUUUCAGGUGUGAUUUGACCAAGGCAGAAUAGAGUGGAACUGUUACUUCCCUGGAUCUGGACACUACACUUUUGUUGAUGCAGCCUAGCAUAGCAGUAGUUUUUCUACAUGUAUUCUAAUUCCUAAUAUUUAAAAUGGUGCUAAUCAGCUUCUUGUCAAAUGGAAAAUACUUCUAUUUAGCCAGCUUUAGAACUGCAUUUUUAGAACUAGAUUUUGCUGAGCAACUGAAAAGGAAAAAAUAGUCAGUAAAUUGGCAGCACUUUUUGUCAGUCCAUAUGGCUUCCUGCCUAAAUCAGCUGCUGCUCACUGACAAAGUAGGUUUCUUUAUUGAAAUCUAUGGAGUGUCAUGUAACUAAGCCCUUUACUUCAUUUAAUCGCUGUAUGGUAUUCUAAGGUUUGUUCCUUAAAAAAAUGUUUUUAAAAAAUAUUUCCAUGCAUUUUUCAGUCUUAACAUUAUUACAUUGGGCAUUCCAGCACAGAAUAAACGGAGUGUGUUUUGCAGUUAGUUGCACAGAAACUUCAGAGUCAUUCCUUCAUCACACUUUAUUUGUCAGUUUAUCCAUCCCAAUGAUAUCUGGAACGUCUACAAUUGCUGCUGUUGACUCAGCUUUCUAAUGGUGAACUAAUAUGGUCUUACCAGCAACAAAAAAAUAGUUUGCAGUAAUAACUUAAUAGCCUGAAAGGCACAUAGUGCAAAAGAAAAAUGUCCUUUUUUAAAGUCUUGCUCCAGUUAUUUGAAAAAUACCACUUGUAUUUAGCUUGCUAACAUUUGCUUCCUUCUGUCAUUUCCAACACCUAAAAAUGUAUUUUUAAAAAAUAAAAAUGGGAAGAGUGUUGGUUGCUUAAUUUGUACUGUACAAAUUAGGUGACUUUGAGGGAAAUAGUCUGAUCAAUAUACAUAUCUUCCACCAUUUUCUGUAAUGGAAGCUAUUUCAUAAAUUCCAUGCCAAAAAAUAGUCACUUGUUUUGACUACUUCUCUUUCAUUCCAACUCUUUUUUUCCUAUUUUAAAAUUGUUCAACCCCUAAUGAUUUUAGGCACUUGACUUCUCAAGCCUAUACAUGUCUACUCAGAAGUAAGUCCUAUUGAGUUCAUUUGGGCUUUCCCCCAGAAAAAUACAUGUAGACUUGAAAAUAAAGCAUUCCUGAAAUUAAAGACAUGGGGGGGGGUCUUUUUAAAAUAAUUAAGGAACUGAUUGUUUAGGCCUACUCUGAAACUUAGUUGCCCUCUAGAGGUUUUCAUAUAGCAGUACAGUGGAACAUAUAUUGUUCAUUUGUCUUUUUUGAAAGAGAGAGAGAAAACCGUCACAGUUUAAGGAGGUAAGAUUUAUAUAAAAUAAAAUGGACACACACUCAUUUAGCUGUGUUAGGAGGUGUUCGUGGCAUUUUAUUUUGACAACCUGGAAAUACUCUUGAUUUUAUCAAUCUACAUGCUAGUUUGGAAGUGCUGAAGUAUUUACAAUGUGCUCUUCACCUGAUGGGCUCAUGUGCACUUCAUGUACAUCUCAGAUAGGCAUCAUUUCCAUUAUCUUUUUAAUGCCUGUUGGAGCUUUUCCUUUUUUUUAGCAAGUGGAAAGAUACAUCCCAGACUGUAUCUUCAUUGGCCUAGAGAUGGUGUUUAAUAUAUGAAAUUGUGCGGCUGUUUUUAUUGUGCAGUUGCUUUCGGAUAUUUUAUGGGAAGGGAUUAAUAAAUGCGUUUUUAUGCUUAUUUCCUCAUCUUUUUAAGUGUGAUGCUUCAUGAGCGUAGAAAAACAUGUGGUUGAAGAUUUCUUUUUAAUCCCAGUACUGGUUUUGACCCAGAAAUGGUUAAGGACUGCCUCUCUCCAUAUGAAGCCACCCAGACCCUGAGAUCAUCAUUCUACAUGUGCCUCCUCCACGAGAGCUCUGCAGGUGGCAAUACAAGAUCGGGCCUUUUCUGAAGUGGCUCCCCAUUUGUGGAGUGGUUUCCCCAGAGAGGCUUGCCUGGUGCAUUUGUUACAUAUCUUUAGGCACCAAGCAAAAACGUUCCUCUUCAACCAAGCCUUUGGCAUCCGAUGCCCUUUUAAAUGUGUUGUGGGUUAUUGGUUUGUUUUUGUUCUUAUUGUGUAUUUUGUGUUUUUUAUAUUGUAGUUUUAUGUUGUGAACUGCCCUGAGGUCUGUGGAUGAAUGGCAGUAUACAAAUUUAAUAAAUAAUAAUAAUAAUAAUAGGUGCAGAGCUUCUUCUGUUUCAACUAAAUGGUAGAAGAGGUUCCGUCUUCUACCUUUUCCAUUGAAAAGAAAGCUUUCUCUCAUGAAAAGUACUAGGAGAUGUUAAUGAAACAUGGAGUUAUAUGCCUCAGAGUGGUGGCUGUAGCAUGAGUUUGGAAUACAAAAGCCUCUGUACAGAUAAACUAAUUUAAAGGCAUUGGUUAAAUAUAAUCUGCUUUAUCCCCAUCUGGUGGUGAAAAGAGGUGUGUUCACCACCAAGCAUCUCAUGGGUUUUUCCCCCCUGCCUUGCAUGCGGACACUAAGCCUUUUGAAGACCAAUUUAGGCUGCAGCUAGAAGCCUUAGCGCUACAAACUGUCUCCGUUUUAGAUUCUAUAUCACACCUGCUGUUGCCCAACUGUAGGGCACUUGAUCCUACAGGAUAUGGGAAAACUGAGACUGAGGCUAUGUUGCCGUGUUGGAGUUUGACACAGGUUAACGUAGCAAUAAGCACUGAUGGGAGAUAGCUGUAGGGGAACUUUGUGUGUGUUCUAGUUCUGCCUCUUCCAGACCCUGGUGCUAUGAUGCUUGAUGUCAAGAAUUCUUACUAUGGAAACAGGAAACUAAUCUACUGGUGCUCUUGAAAGGGACCAGCCUAAUAGGUGAAAAAGGUAUGUUUGUCACAAAAUAUAGACCUCUUUCUUGACAAAGCCUGCUUCAUUUUUACAGGUGUUGGGACGUGAGGAAGGAAAAGUCUAUAAAAUGAGUAUUUUUGGAGAAUGAUAUCCCCAGUGGGCUUGUUUAGCCUACUAAAAAGGAGGGCACGAGGGAAGAGGGCAUGUUCACACAUUCUCUAAAAACAUUGGAGGGCUAAAUGCAUUGGAAUGUGGCAACUUUGUUUAUGUUAGUAAUUUUGAAGAGGCCACUUGUAGUCAGUUCUUAGCUGACGCAAGGAUUAAAUGAGGGUAUUUUUCCUCAGCACUUAGCCACAGGCACUAGACUAAACCAGCUCCCAUAGGUCUAAUAUUGUGGUGCCAAAAAACAGUUGGUUUUAAGAUACAGCUGGGGACAUUUUCUGAGGGCUUCCAGUAUCUUUCAAACUGUGUUGUGGUCCCUUUGGUUGUCAGAAAUGUCUCCAACUUCCAGUGUGUGGGACAGAGGUGGCCACAAGACAAAUACAGUCGUACCUUGGAAGUCAAAUGGAAUCUGUUCCGGAAGUCCAUUCGACUUCCAAAACAUUUGGACACCAAUGUGCGGCUUCUGAUUGGCUGCAGGAAGUUUCUGCAGCCAAUCGGAAGCCGGUGAAGCCCGUUGGACGUUGGGUUCCAAAAGAACGUUUGCAAACCGCAACAAUCACUUCCAGGUUUGCAGCAUUCGGGAGCCAAAACGUUUGACUCACAAGGCAUUUGAAAACCAAUGUAUGACUGUAGUCCAAAAGAACAUUUUUUGUUCACAUACACAUUAUACAGGUAUUAUAAGAGGCACAGCAAGAAACUAGCAGGGAGGGGACAGCUUGGCUGGGUUGUUGUUGUUUAGUCGUUUAGUCGUGUCCGACUCUUCGUGACCCCAUGGACCAGAGCACGCCAGGCAGGUUAGGCAGGUGAAUAAUGUCUCCCUGUGAGAAGGCGUGAUCCCUGCCUGCUUGAAGAGGAGGAAAUGGUAAAACCACUCCUCAGAAAACCCUCCUGGGAUUCGGAAAAUUGUAAGUUAAUUGCUAGCCAGUUGCCAAACUCCCCUUCUUGGGCAACAUCCUUGAGUGGGUGGUUGCGGACCAGAUCUUGGAGGAAACUGAUUUUCCAGAUCCAUUUCAAUCAGGAUUUAGACCCAGUUAGGCACAGAAACUGCUUUGGUCACCCUGUAUGGUGACCUCUAUUGGGAGAGAAACAGGGAAAAUGUGUCCUUGUUAAUUCUUCUCAACUUCUCAUUUCUUAUCAGCAGGCCUUUUCUGCAGUGGCUCCCAGCUUGUACAGUGCUCUCCCCAGGGAGGCUUGCCUGACACCUUCAUUGCAUAACUUUAGGCACCAGGCAAAAACAUUUCUCAGGCUAAUUAAACCAUCUAUGGCCUUUUAAACUGGGGGAGGGUAAUUGUUUUUGUUUGUUAUUAUGGUAUGUAUUUUAGGGUUUUUAUAAUUCAGAAUGCCCUGUGAUCUUCAAAUGAAGGGCGGUAUAGAAAUUUAAUAAAUAUUGCUCAUUAUUUUGCUACGUCUUUCUCCAAUCGGUCUCUGCUCCUGCUGCCUUUUGCUUGCUGUUGUGUGCUCUGAAUCCACAGCACAGUAUCAUGUUAUACUUUUCCGUUUCUUCAACGAGGGUUGCGGUUGUAAAUGAUUAUCUCAAGCAUUCAGAUUGAUCUCCAUUAUAUUUUUAGUUUCAGAGUUGCUGUUGCUCAUUAACCUGGAUUAGACCUGCAGACGUGCCCCUUGGAGAAGGAUACUUGGUGCUGUCAGAUGCUUGACAGCGCCAGUCACCUGCACACAAUUAAUCUACGGUCCCUGGGUCUGUGAUCUCAUAUUUCAGUUGAAAUUUCUCCUUGAGUCAAUUUUGCUUUCCCUGCAAUCUUUCCAUAAGCGUUUUGCUUGUCCCUGUGUCUGACUCUUCUUUAGGGCCUACCCAAGAAGCACCCCAAACAAUUCAUAUCUAACUGAAUGGGCUAGUCUCGAUUUGAAGCGGGAAGGAGAAAUGGACUCUUUGCUGCCUGCUGUUCACUUUUCUGAGAUCAGUGUGCAGGCUUUGUGUGUAAAUGAGGAAGGGGCUUGAAGCUAGUGAGAGAUGACUAGCAAAUGCAGUUCCGUUAGAAGAUAAAAUGGUGUGAAAUGCCAGGAGUCUGCUUUUUCUGAUGCAUUUUGCAUUGAAAAGAGAGCAGGAAACCCGUAGCUGGGGGCCACCUUUUAGUAGGAUCCCCUCCAUCCCCUUAGUCCUCUAAGAAGUGUUGCAUGGUGUAGGAGCUUACCUGAAUUUGCUAAUGUCAUACCUGCAUAAAGGGACUGUCCUGGCUUUAUCAGGGCACUCCUGUGAAAUGGACUGGAAAAGCUGUGUUUUUACCAUUGCAGUUGAAUCUAGCUAACUUUUCUGUCAACAAAUUGGGAUUAAUGCUCAAUAAGCAGGUCUUCUGAAAAUGCGCCACCCCCAAAGAUCUGCAGAGAAAGGACACAGACUCACUUAGUCUUUGUUUUUGCAGAUAGUUCUGUGUCAAAGGCUUGUUGCUUCCUGGGUAUUGCUUUUGUUUUCAUUAUUACUUUUUCAUUAAUUUUACUACUGGCCUUUUGCCUUGCCAAGGCUGCUUUUAAAGUUCCAAUUAAGUCCAUUGCCCGGCACUCGUCUUUCUAGGCUGGGACUAAAUUUAGUUCCCUUUCUGGGAAGGCAGAUCGUCUCUGGUUUAGUGAACAACUUCUUGACUCUCCUCCAGGUCAUUCUAAAAACAGUUUUGGAAACUGGAAAGGUCAUUCUUGGGGAACUUGGUGUGUUCUGGGUGUCCUGCUACUUUAGCUCAACAUGAACUGUCUCUCCCCUCAGAAAUUGCUAUGAAUUUCAUGAGGAGCAUUUCAUGAGCGCGACAAGAUGCAUUUGGCCAGGGCUGCUGCUUCCAUAUGGGUCACUUUUAGAACUACCCAGUUAUUAUUAUUCUGUUGCAAGCUAGAAUUGGAAUUGACUUUCUAUACUAUUGAGAGUAUUGCAUUUUGCUAUAUAUGCGCCUCACUGCAUUCUGUCCACACCAGUGGGCAUGACAUAGCUGCUGUGACUUGGGCUAGUUGAAUCUUAGCACACACAAAGAAGAAUGGAAAACCAAGAUGAUGGACUAUGCCGAAUUGGCAAAAAUGACCGUGAAGAUCAGACACCAAGAUGAUAAGAAAUUUAAUAAAAAGUGGGGGAAAUUUAUAGAGUACCUUAAAGAUCACUGUAGAUACUUUAAAAUGUUAGCAGGAUUGUUACAGCACUUAUAAUGUAAUAAGGUUAAAUUUAAAAGUGGACAUAAAACAAUUUGAAAAAUGUAAUUAGAUGCAGUAGAAAGACUAGACAAAUAUUGGAAACCGGGGGCGGGGGGGGCGGAGCCCAGGGAUUCAAGUAAUCCCGUAUGUGUAAAAAAUUGAAAAUGAUUUAAAUGUAAACAACACAGUUAAAAAAUGGAAAGAUAUCAAAAAAGAGAAAGAAACUUAGCACACAUUCACUAAACGAACGCCCCAUUUGUUUAUUUUGAGUCUUCCUUUAAUUAUUACUACAACACUUUCAUUAAAACAAAGAAGCCAGAAAAGAUAGUGCUAUAACAAUAUAAUACUAUAAUAAUUGAUUCUGGUGCUGUAACACUAUACUACCAUAACACUUUGCUUGGCUUUUGUGGCAAAGCAUCCGUGCAAUAAUUAAAAUAUUGUUUUUAAAACCAAAACAAAGUCACAAAAUGGGGUGUUCACUGCAAAUGUUAUGUAAUAAUGAACAUGUGCACUUCUGACAGUUCAAAAAGAAAUUGAAGAUUCGGAACCAUCCCUUUUUCUAGUUCCCCUGUUGUUCUCUUUGUGUUGUUGUAACUCUGCUUGUAUGUGUUAGCUGAAAGUCACUGAGGAUGGUGUGCUUGUGAGUUUUCCCCAACCCCCAACCUUGCUGUGGUGAGGAAUGAAGAGAACUGUAGUCCAUAACAUCUGGAGAACAUCAUCCUGGGUACUCCUGCCCUAGAGUGACUAGUACUGUGCCGUUUAAUUUCAGCUGCUGCUCUAGUGCCGCAAGCUGGUACAGUGGUACCUUGGUUCUCAAACUUAAUCCGUUCCGGAAGUCCGUUCCAAAACCAAGGUGCACUUUCCCAUAGAAAGUAAUGCAAAAUAGAUUAAUCCGUUCCAGACCUUUAAAAACCCCUAAAACAGCAAUUUAACAUGAAUUUUACUAUCUAACAAGAUCAUUGAUCCGUAAAAUGAAAGCAAUAAACAAUGUACUGCAGUCACUCACUCACUCACUCAAUCAAUCAGUAGCUGAACUGGGUUCCACACAGUCACAAAAACAAAACAAAAAAGGCGCAAAACAAAAAUGCAAAAUAACUAACAAAAACAGACAGACCUCAGCGUAGCUCUCAAAACGGAAGUGUGACACUCAAAAUGGAAGCAUAACACUCAAAAAGGAGCAUGUUUGGCUUCUGAAAAAAGUUCGCAAACCAGAACACCUACAUCUGGGUUUGCAUUGUUUGGGUUCCAAGUUGUUUGAGUACCAAGGUGUUUGAGAACCAAGGUACCACUGUAUUUGCUGGAGUGGUAGCAUAUGUAGGAUUGGUCUAUAAGAGCCUAUAGCUCAGAAUACCCCAGUUUACCAGAAGGAAAUAAAGUGUCUGCGUUGUGGAGUAAGGUUAGAUUGCGGGGCUGGCGGAGGAAGAGACCUGUUAAAUUUGAGCAGGAUUUGAUUUUUAGUAGGCUCUUGGUCUUUCUUUCUCCUGUUCUUCUAGAGUUUCCCACACGUGCCAAUUUCUGAAAUGGUUCUGUUAAGGAAGAUGUGCUGAGUUUGUUGUAGGGACUUUGUUGGAGGUAGGGUGGAGGAUCAUUAUUUAAUAUGGGAUUAUAAACAUAGUACGGCAGGCAUGAACGCGAAGGCAAAUGGAUGUUCAGAUCUGACAAAUGAGGUAAAUUUUUAGAGAAUAAGAGUUUAUGCUAUGUCAAUCUUCUGCUUGCCCUAUAAUUACUUCUUUCCAUCUCACCAUAUUCGGAUUUAAUCUUGUUUUUUUCUAUAUGUCCUUGCUUAAAUUAGAAUAAUUCUUUAAUCAGCUCUGUUAUGCAUGCCAUAGUGGGCCAAGCUGGGAAAAGCCACUCCUGGCACACAGCGAUGUGUAUAUUUUAUUUGUUGCUAUAAUUUAAAAGUAAAAUAAGAAAUAUUGAUUUCUACUUGACUGGAGAGAUGAUUUAGUUUGAAUAUCAGUCUGAUCUUAAUCAGGUGAGAAUUAAUUGAGUUGGAGGUAUUAGAUAUUCAGUGAUGUUAACCGAACCGUGAUCAAUCUACAGAGAAGCCGCCUUUUGUACUGUGUCAGAAAUAUCAAAUAGCUCACACACGACAAUUCAGAACAGUCUUUUCAUGUUUGCUGUACCUUCUACUUGCCUCAUUAAAUGCACCCGUAAAUCCAUUCUUUGCACAAUAUGUAAUCUUCAAAAUAACAAGUUAAUAAAUCACAAAGUCAAAGACAUAACUUUGUUUUUAUUUUAUUUUUUAAAAAUCAGCAUGUUUAUAGCUUCAGCCAUUAAGUAUGAGCCUUUAGAUGUCUUACAAAAUACAUGAUUUCAAAUACCCAAUACUUUGUAGCACCUAAUCACUCCAGAUUCUCUCUCUCCACCCCCAAAUUGAAUCGUACAGCAAAAAAGAAUGAUGUGAAUCUUAGGGGAUAUGCUUUUUUUCUUUUUCUUUUUUUCUUUUUGGUUCAAAAGGGGGGGCUAACUUUAAGCUUGUUCUGGUACAUGGUAGAUUUUCUUAUUUUAAGAGUGUGAUAGCAAUAUCAUAAGUGUUGAAGAAAAUAUAAAUGGUGAGGUAACACCUCCAUAGGACCAGCUCUUAAGUAGUAAAAUUGUAAACCCUUUAUAUAUAAACCACAGAGGCAGGUCCUAAGAUCGCCAGUGUUACUUUGACAGUGGUUUACUUGCUAAGUGUAUAGGGGAGAAUGACAAUUAAAUAAUAAAUCUGAGUGAGACACUUUCUUAUUACAUUAUGAAGGCGCCCAAAAGGUUUUAAAGCAAAGAUUAUGGGACAAUGCACACAGCGACUUGUGAUCUCGAUCACACGCAGUCUGUAGUCCGCUGGCAGCAGGAGUUCAAUAUGGGUAUGUCUUUGAGUUAACAUCUUACAUCAAAAACCUGACAGUAGCUAACUAUCGAAGGCUUUUCACUAAAGCCAGACUAAAUGUCUUCCCCUCUGCAGUGCUGGAUGGUAGGUUGAGAGGAGAUCCCUACCAGGACAGACUUUGCUCAUGUGCUCAAGACAUCGAUUCCAUAAAUCAUAUUUUGUAUGCAUUGUACGAAGUAUGAGCAGGCCAGGGCUGAACUGAUACUACCUCUGCUGGUGCCUUUCCCGGGAAAAUCAGAGGCUCACUAUGUCAGGUUCCUACUGGAAGACCGGACAAAAGCUAGAACGUUGGCAGUGGCAAAGUUUCUGUCGGUGGUUGCAAGAAUAAAUGAGCCCUAUAUUCUAAACAAAAUGAUUAAUUAACCUGGAGGUAGGCUGUAUGAACUGUGUAUUGAUUUGUAAUGUUUUGUUGGGUCUCUGGACCGUAAUAAAGAUUGUUGUUGUUGUUGUUGUUGUUGUUGUUGUUGUUGUUAUGAACAUUUUAAAAUUUGAUAUACUGUGUUUCUCUAGUGUGAACAGCAGCAAAACCUUUAUUAGCAAAGUACCUGAGGAUGGUACUAAUCUCCAUUUGUGUACUUCCAUAGACUAUUUGAACUUUCCCAAAAUGAAUUCAUAUCCUGGUUAGAUCCAGGAAGACCGUUCUACAAUGUUUCAGUUUAUAAGUUGUUUGGUGUUCUUUUAAACUAUACAGCCUCCCUUAGUAAAAUAAAUACAUAAAUAAAUAAAUACAUAAAUAUUGCAUAAGGGAAUAGCAACACUGACCUACUUUACAAGGUUGGUGCAGGGAUUGUCGGAGAUGUUACAUUUUGAAUAUUCUCAGAAGUGCUAUAUAAAUGCUAGUUGGCGUUAAGUAAUUUGACAUGAGAUUAGCAUUAGUUUUCUUGUUUCAAAAACAGCUUAAUGAAGUUAACACUUUGUUGUGAAAGUUCCUCACUUCCACAAAAUUGACACACAAAAAUAACCAACAGUGGGGUACCUUUUUGCAUAUUAAAUAUUAUAGGACUUAUCAAUUUUAAAAGGCAUGCACAACACCACUUUUUGAGCUUUCCUGGCCUGUGAAUCUUACCUUCUUUAAAUAAACAAAACACCAUCCCAUCUAUAGUUGUGCACUGAACCUCCUUUUUGUAGAAACCUGAGUGCUAUAAAGUGACUUUGUAUGUGGGAUGCUUGCCGGCAAAGAUGCCUAUUAACUUGAUAGGUUUGGUCAAGCCACACACACCUGCUGAAUUGGCUCAGUAGCUGUAAAACAGGGAACGCUACCCUUAGUGACUUACCUUUGCAGGGUGGAUGGUUCUCUGUGAGGGCAAAUAGUAUAGCUCUGUUAAAGCACAUUAAUUGCUAUAUAUAUACACAGUGUCAUCUUCAAAUAUCUAAAGGGCUGUCACAUGGAAGAUGGAGCAAGCCUGAUUUCUCCUGCUGUGAAGGCUAGAACAUGAACCAAUGGCUUCAAGCUACAAGAAAGAAGAACUUUCUUAUAGAAAGAACUAUUCAGUGGUGUAACAGACUUUCAUGAGAGUUAGUGGACUCUCCUUGGAGAUAUAUAUAUUAUUAACAAACCAAUCAAAUCACAUUAAUUCCAAAUUACAAAGCCAAAUUUUUAAAAUUUUGUUGGGGGUACCCAUGCUUCGAGCUCAGAAAGGGAUCCAAACAUCUCUCUUGCUGCUGCUUUAAUAUUCACAAUUCUGUCCAAAUAGUAUUCACAGUUCUGUCCAAUCUUCUCUUUAUUGUUUUCCUCAUCUUCUUGUUGUUAUCAUAUAUUCCUUUCUUUGCGACCUCUGAUAGUCUCCACAAGCGUGUUAAAAACAAACGUACCUUGGAGAUUUUUAAGCAGAGGUUGUCGUGUAUGAUCUAGUUAAGAUCCUGUCAUGCAGGGGGCUGCAAUAGAUGUCCCUUAGGGUCCCUAUGAUUCUAUAAUUUACUUCAGUAAGUGACUGACUAGUUGCCAUGGAAGCUCAAAAUGAUUCAAACACUAGAAUUAACCAAAUUACUUGGUGGGGCAGGUAUGUUGUUGUUUAGUCAUGUCUGACUCUUCAUGACCCCAUGGACCAGAGCACGCCAGGCACUUCUGUCUUACACUGCCUCCCGCAGUUUGGUCAAACUCAUGCUGGUAGCUUCAAGAACACUGUCCAACCAUCUCGUCCUUUGUCGUCCCCUUCUCCUUUCCCAACAUCAGGGUCUUUUCCAGGGAGUCUUCUCUUCUCAUGAGCUGGCCAAAGUAUUGGAGCCUCAGCUUCAGGAUCUGCCCUUCCUGUGAGCACUCAGGGCUGAUUUCCUUCAGAAUGGAUAGGUUUGAUUUUCUUGCAGUCCGUGGGACUCUCAAGAGUCUCCUCCAGCACCAUAAUUCAAAAGCAUCAAUUCUUCGGCGAUCAGCCUUCUUUAUGGUCCAGCUCUCACUUCCAUACAUCCCUACUGGGCAGGUAUAUGUACAUUCAAAACUAAAGAUUCCUAGGCUCACAUAAUAUAAGUGUUACAGUAUUCAAAUUUAAUAAAUAAGAACAAAUAAAUAAAUAAAUGAUGUUAAUAAUAUCUACAUAAAAAUAACACAUGCAUGUAGCUUUUUUUCUUCUGUUUUGCUACUACGCUUCUAAACAUAGCUCUACACCCAUGAAGGCUGGAAAAGCAAAUUGUUUUGUUUUUUUAAAUGAGAAGCAACAUUUCCAAACCGAUAAGCCACACAAACGUGCAGCCUUACAGAAGCUGCAUGUUUUUCCACAUCUGCUAUAUGGUAACUUAAAAAACAAAAAUAAAACCACAGGAAGCUAAGUUUCAUUAUUUUGCUACAAACCUUGUGGGUUGUUGUUUCUUUAAGAGUAGGCUCAAAAAUACAAACGAUGGUUUAUGGAUUAUUGGAUAGCCUCGUCCCUCCUUUUCUUGCAGUGCGAGACUAGACUUGAAAGGCCAACUGUUCCUCACUCAGCAUGCAGUAUAUGUCAGCAGAUUGCCGCCUGAUUGUGAAAAGGGUAGUGCCCUCCAGUUAUUAUCUCAAUUGGUAGCUUGUGGAAAAUACUGUGACAACAUGGGGAACGCAAUAUUCAUCUUUGGUCUGUCCUCCAAGUAGAUGAGCCUUCUAUUGACAACAUGGGAAAUAAGUAAAGCUGAACGGGGAGUAGGGGGUUGAUUUCCCGGAACUUAAUUUUAAUAUUUGGGAGUUGUAUACACCUGGUUUUCUAUUUGAUUUAUGAAUCGAUUUUAUCCCACUCACCCAAAGUGGAUUUCAAUUAUAGCUGUUCUGAAUUUUCUGCACGGAGAAAAGAAGCUUCAAAAUCAGUUAAUAAAAGUGAGAGGUGCAGCGCUUUUGGACUUGAAUCUAGUUAACAUUUGUGUAGCUAGUCUGAUGUAGCUUCUCUUCCCCCCCCCCCCCAGUAUUUGCGGGAUUUAAAAGGGUUUGGGAUACAGAAGCCAGCAAUUAAGCUGUGCAAUACAUUCGCAUGGUAGGAUUCUUAUAUCCCUGUGCCUGCUCUCCCUCCCCAUUUCUUUUCCUUUUUAGUUAGCAUUAACAACAUUAAAACCAUAUAGCUGGAAGCAGUUUUAUCACUUUGUAAUGAUGCUUCCUGUGUGCGUGGCCACGGCUGUGUGUAGCUCAGGCAGGGCUGCUCAGAAGCUGGGGUGUGCUCUCUGUAGCAGUUCAGUCUCCGUUCACUAGGACAUCACACCUUUAACCAACUGAAGCUGGUGAGCUAACAAGUGAGAGGGACCUCCUGUUGUCUUCGGCUUUUAUUUUAUUUGGUGUGCAUGUGGGUGUAUUUUACUUCACAGCUUUCAGGGGGAAUGAUUGCAAAAGGAAGAAGAAAAGCUGGCCAGUGCCAGUGGGAAAGCAGAAAUCCAAUUGCUCUCUAGACCAAAUGUUAAGCCCGAGAAUCCCAUCAACAUUUUUUACAGCUUAUUAUAUCCACUGUGUUUAUAUGAAAUGAGAGAAACAGUGUAUAUCUAGGAUACACGUUAUAUUUUAAGAGCCAGAUGUGAAAUGUCCCUGCGGCCGCUCCCAGUCACCAGUCUAGCUGCCGCGCUCUGGAUUAGUUGUAGCUUCCGGGUCACCUUCAAAGGUAGCCCCACGUAGAGCGCAUUGCAGUAAUCCAAGCGGGAGAUAACCAGAGCAUGCACCACUCUGGCGAGGCAGUCCGCAGGCAGAUAGGGUCUCAGCCUGCGUACCAGAUGGAGCUGGUAAACAGCUGCCCUGGACACAGAUUUGACCUGUGCCUCCAUGGACAGCUGUGAGUCCAAAAUGACUCCCAGGCUGCGCACCUGGUCCUUCAGGGGCACAGUUACCCCAUUCAGGACCAGGGAAUCCUCCACACCUGCCCGCCUCCUGUCCCCCAAAAACAGUACUUCUGUCUUGUCAGGAUUCAACCUCAAUCUGUUAGCCGCCAUCCAACCUCCAACCGCCUCCAGGCACUCACACAGGACCUUCACUGCCUUCACUGGUUCUGAUUUGAAAGAGAGGUAGAGCUGGGUAUCAUCUGCAUACUGAUGAACACCCAGCCCAAAUCCCCUGAUGAUCUCUCCCAGCGGCUUCAUGUAGAUGUUGAAAAGCAUGGGGGAGAGGACAGAACCCUGAGGCACCCCACAAGUGAGGGCCCAGGGGUCUGAACACUCAUCCCCCCCACUACUUUCUGAACACGGCCCAGGAGGAAGGAGCGGAACCACUGUAUAACAGUGCCCCCAGCUCCCAGCCCCCAAGACGGUCCAGAAGGAUGUUAUGGUCGAUGGUAUCAAACGCCGCUGAGAGAUCCAGCAGAACUAGGAAACAGCUCUCACCUUUGUCCCUAGCCCGCCGGAGAUCAUCAACCAGUGCGACCAAGGCAGUUUCAGUCCCAUGAUGAGGCCUGAAUCCCGACUGGAAGGGAUCCAAAUGGUCCGCUUCUUCCAGGCGUGCCUGGAGUUGUUCAGCAACCACUCGCUCAAUCACCUUGCCCAAGAAUGGAAGAUUUGAGACUGGGCGAUAGUUGGCUAUCGUGGCCGCAUCUAAAGAUGGUUUUUAAGAAGCGGUUUAAUAACCGCCUCUUUCAGCGGGUCUGGGAAGGCUCCUCACGGAGGGAAGCAUUCACCACCCCACAAAGCCCAUCGCCCAGUCCUUCCCGGCUAGCUUUUAUAAGCCAGGAUGGGCAAGGAUCAAGGAGGCAAGUGGUUGGUUUCACUCGUCCAAGCAGCCUGUCCACAUCCUCGGGGUAACAGAUUGGAAUUGAUCCCACACAACUUGACUAGACAGGACUCUAGCACUCUCCCGCCCCGGCCCUGCUCCCACGGUGGAGUCUACCUCUUCUCGAAUCUGAGCGACUUUAUCUGCAAAAACUUUGCAAAGUCAUUGCAGGAGAUCAUGUGGCCGCUACUGGGCCCUGAUGGAGCAGGUGGUUCCGCUAAAUUGCGAACCACCUGAAAGAGUCUCCUGCUGCUGUUUUCCGCAGAUGCAAUAGAGGCGGUGAAGAAAGUCUUCUUCGCCGUCGCUAUCGCCACUUGGUAGGCUCGACAUUGAGCUCUAACCCGUGUCCGGUCAGAUUCAGAAUGGGCUAUCCGCCACCGGCGCUCUAGCCGUCUCAACGAUUGUUUCAUUGCUCUCAGAUCCGUGGAAAACCACGGGGCUGUCCGGACUCCAUGCAACCGGAGAGGGCGCUUGGAGCCAAACAGUCAAUAGCCCUGGUUAACUCCACAUUCCAGCGGGCCACCAGGGAAUCAGCUGAAAGGCCAUCAACAUGGGAUAAAACAUCCCCUACCACUCUCUGGAAACCAUUUGGAUCCAUUAAUGGCGGGGCGGACCAUCUGAAUCGGUCCCGCCUCCCUGCAGAGGGGAAGGGUCACGGAGAAGUCCAGUUGCACCAGGAAGUGAUCUGACCAUGGCACUUCUUUGGUUUCGCUUUUACUUAAUGUCAGAUCACCAACAUCCAUAGAGGUGAACACCAGGUCUAAGGCAUGCCCGUGGCUAUGAGUUGGGCCAGACUUAUUCAGGGACAGCCCCAUGGAGGCCAUGCUUUCCACGAAGUCCCGAGCGGCCCCUUGUAAGGUCGUGUCGGCAUGGAUGUUAAAGUCCCCUAGGACAACCAAACUAGGUGUCUCCAGGAGGACAUCCGCCACGACCGAAGCAGCUCGGGCAGGGAAUCCUUGGUGCAGCGGGGAGGUCGGUACACCAAUAGGAAUCCUGUACUGCCCCUAUUGCCCAACUUCCAGAACAUGCACUCAGAGAACUGGGUCUUUCCAAUAGGACGCCUGGUGCAAACUAAUGACUUCCUAAAAAUCACUGCAACCCCCCCUCCCCGCCCACAAGGCCUGGGUUGCUGUGCGUAAGAGAAACCUGGUGGACAAGCAGCGGCAAGGACGGGCCCAUCUGCUUCAUCCAACCAGGUCUCUGUCACACAGCAGGGCUUCAACAUUUUUAGAUUACUAGAUUCCUUGGUCUUGCUUUUGGUUUCUAGCACAGAACUUUGACAUGUCUAAACACAGGAUUGUCACCGAAGAAAAUGCAUUUUACUUUUGACAAUGCAAUCCCAAAUCUGUUUACUCCAAAGUAAGACCUACUACAUUGAAUGGGGUUUACAACCAGCUAAAGCAUAUAUAGCAUAGCAGCCUGAGUUUAUUAACUCAUUCAUUCAUCAGUUGAAUUUGCAUAUACAUAAGAACAACAGUACUGUAGAAAAAAGCAUCCUUAAUUUCUUUUUUCGGAUGACCUGCAUAUGAUCGUAGCAGGCACGAUCUUAUUAUGUAAGCCACUUAGAGAUAUUUUGAUUAAGCAAUAUAUAACAUCUUAGAGGCAUUUCUUAUUGUAGGAUGCCCCCCGCCGAAUGAUGUUGGACUACAACUCAAUAUUAAUCCCUUACCAUUGGUCAUGCUGUCUGGGGCUAAUGGAGGACUUGGGAGUUCAAUGACAUCUAAAGGUCCACAGGUUUCUGAUCCCUGCCUUACUGUGUGUGAGAGAGAAAUGUCCUGUAACUUGGUGCUUGCCAUUAUCAGUGUUUAUGCAGACAUGUAAUUUUUAAAAAUAGAUCUUUUUAACCCAAUGCCCAAUUAAGCAGGUUAACAGUUUUCAUUGAUCAGAAGUGCUCUUAUUUAAACUAUCCCCUUAAACACCAGCGCUCUCAUUUAUAUUCCGGAUUCAACACUGAUCAGAACUAUUGCAAGCCCACUAGGAGACAGAAUAUGUUGGAGUUCCUUUUUCAGGAAUUUCCUGGAGGAUAAAUAAUAGCACUCUUGCCAUCUGAGCACUUCUGGCUUCAUAGAUGAUGCCAGGAGUGCUUUUUUGCACGCCAGAAGUCCUGGGUGACAACCAUACGAGAGCUGGUCACCUUCUGGAUUUUGCAUAUGGCAAAAUACAUGUGUGUGUUUAUCACACGUCAUGAGACACAAUGGGCUUUCAGACACGGAGGUUGUAUCUGCAAAAGAAAACAGGCUUGCGUGAAGUGGUCCAUCGGAAUCAGCAGUGCAAAAUGCUAAUCAAAGUCUAGCUGUGUUAUCACACGGGCCCUGACUUGUUGAAAGCAGUAUGAAAAGGAGAAGGGUUUCACCUCCUGAAUUUGUUACAGAAUAAAUACUGUUUCAUAAAUAGUUUAGUAGUAUUGAAGAUCACUCCCAAGUAUGAGCAGUGUUAAUUUGUUACACAGUGCGAAGCGCGGGGGUGGGGGGGGGAGUCUAAUUACAACCUUGUUGCUAAACAAGUGAGAAAGACCUUACAAAAAGCUCAAGGCAGCAGGCCAGGAGUGGCUAAGCUUGAAGAUCAGAGCGGUCACCAAGUGAGAAAAUACUUCUCGGCGAAGGCUUGUUUUAUUCUCGACUAAUACAAUCAGGCAUUAUCAGUGACUUGGACAGCUUCCCAAUGCAAAUUUUAAAGGCUGGAAUAAUUUGAUGCAUUUGGAGAGUACCGAUAAAACAGCCUUAAAAACACACACACACACACACACACACAGACCAUCAGAACAGUGGGGCCCUUCGCUCCUCCCUUUGUGCUCCUGCACUUGUGGGCUUCCCAUGGGCAUCUGAUUAGUCACUGUGAGACCAGGAUGCUGGACCAGGUGGGCCAUUGGUUUUAUGCAGCCGGGCUCUUCUUACAUCCGUAUGUUUUCAGUGCACCAAUGUGACGGCUGAGUUGCUAGUCAUUCGAAGCUGAGCAGCGCCAGGGGUUGAUCACCAGGCAGCCUUGAGACCUGCAGCUGCUGCUGGAAGAUGAAAUCCCUCAUGAGCACAGUUUGGCUGCUUCCUUCCCUCAGCAUGGAAAAGUGAUAUUAUUUAGUGAGAUUGUGUGGCAGGCAAUAUCUGGCUGAGCUUCCUGGGAAGAGUUAGAGUAACUUUGGAGUUUUCCCCAUGUGCUCUAGUAAGGACAUAAAGUUUUAAGGGGAGGGGAAUAGGUAAAGAGCGGAAACCUUGUUUGGCAAGCUUAGGGUGAUGGCAGGGUAUUACAAUACUGUGCACAGGGUUUUAAAAUGUCCACAGCUAGCCCCUUUCAAGCCCCCUUCCACUACUAUCCUAGCAGAAGCUAGCACUAUCAAAAGGUCAAGCUGUGUGCAUCUAUAGCCUACACUGUGUUUAUUAUUCAUCCAGACUAAGGAAGAUUUUAUACCAAACCCAUUUGACAUAAAACAGCUGGUUUAUUGGGGCAAUAUGGACUGCUUUGUUUCAGCCACAGUAUAAAUGUUGCUUUUUGUUUUGUUUUGUUUUGUUUUCUUGAACUAUUUUGGGACACGUAGGUUUAGUCCAUUUUGUAUGGAAUAUUACAUCACUUUGUAAUAGGAGCAAGUUCAUUGUAACAGUUAAAUUGAUAAAACUCAUGCUGCAAAGAUGGAGAAGAGUAAUUUACUAGCAAAUGAAGGUGGGUGGGUGUUGUUGUUGUUUUAAACACUUCCACAUGCUGUACUGUGGAACAGUCCUUGAGAUUGCGCAUUGGCAAAACUGCUUGUUUGAAAAUUAUCUAAAUCUUCCUGCACAUAAAGGGGUUGCCCAUUGGGCAAAAUGUUAUGUAAUAUGUGUAGUAGUGAAGGAGGAGAUGGUAUUCAAUUUUUUUCUUGAAUAAACUGGGGAUAGGCAUUAUCAUCAGAUUCUCCCUUCAUCCCUCACCAUUGGACAUACCGACAAGGGCUGGUGGAAGUUGGACUUCCAACAUCUGAAGUGUCACAGGUUUAUCGCCUCUGAUGUAAAACUUUAUUCCUAAAUCAAGCCAACAUCCCUGUAGUCCAAUACUGUCUCUAAUACUGUGGCCCAUCAAUAGCGCAAAAACACUCUACAGUAUUACCAGUAUUGAAGAGGUACCAUUGGAGCACUCUGCUUUAGUGCACAAAGCAGUUUUCAAACAAGUGACAUUCCACAUGUUCGGGGUGAUAGUUGUGUGAUAGACCUCUGUCAUUUUUCAGAAACUUAAGUACAUUACUGUGCCGAAUGUGUACUUUGCUGCAGUGAAGUUGUACUAGACUACUGAUCAAGAGCAAGGGUCACAACCUAUUUACACUUGACACGUUAUUCAGUAUAACCCCUGUUGUCCCAAAUUUUGUUUCAGCCUUCACCAAAUGUUGCCAGGAUUCAGGCAUUCUGAUGGUGGUAAAAUGCAGAGAAGAAAAUGCAGCCCUGAAAGAAUGUGUCACUGGCUAGUAAGUACAAUGCAUGGAGAUAAGUCCACACCAAGCAAUAAAUUAAAGGAAGAGUAAUCUAAUACCUCUUGCUAUGUGUGUGUGUGUGUGUGUUUGAGUGAGCUAAUUUAGAAGAGGACUAAAAAUAAAGUGGUCUCUAAAAGCUGACAAGAUAGAUCAUCUUAGUCUCAAUAGGUAGUAUAUGAUACAAAAUCUAGAUGUAUCUAUACUAGCAUAUCUUUUUUGCAACAAAUGAGAUGCAAGUACUCUUUUACAUUAAGUGUCAGGUGUGCCAGCACAAAAUGGCUGCCGUGGCAAACCAAAAAAAAAAAGUUACUCCAUACUACUGAGUACUUAAAGAAAAUAUGCCCUGCGUAUAACUUGUAUGGGCUGUUACCCUUCUGGUUCACUUACUUGAUAAAGCAUCUGCCUAGGUUACAUCAUUGCAUCUUCUGUCACAUUAAAAAGCUUGAAGACCCAGUCCUAUGAUGAAAAGUUUAGGCUGGAGAAGAGAUGAUUAAGAGGUGAUAUGACAACCAUUUUCAGAUAUUUGAAGGGAUGCAACGUAGGAUGCAAAUGUACGUUGCUUCAGGGUGUAGGAACUGAACCAAUGGGUUCACAUUACAAGAAAGGGUUUUUUGACUAAACAUUUGGAGGAACUUCCUGGCCGUGUGAGAACUGCCACUUACAAGAGUCAGAGAGACUUGCUUGGAAAGUGAUGGAGCCUUCCUGCUGUAAGUUUCUAGUCAGUUUUAAGAACAAAGCAGCUAUUGUGAAAUGCAGCCUUCUGUUCUGAGGUUGCCUGUUUUGUUAAGGGGAUGCAGGGUUAAAUCCAAUGUUGUGUGAGCCUUAGUUCCUAACAGCACCUUCAUCUCCCCCCCCCCCCACUUACACAUGCCUAACCCUCUGGGGAAGAUUGAGGGUGUAAUGGAGGGUUGCAAGGUGGAGAAUCUGAAGUUCCAUUUUGCAAGUGCAGAGACCCUAGAAUUAACAAGGCAGUACUAUUUUUUCUCUCGUACUCUUUUCAUAUGAGUUUGGACCAUAUAUUGCAUUCUACACCCCUCCCCCAUCAUUUGUAGCAAGAUGAAAAGAGAAGGUCCAACUGCUAAGUAUUAGAAAGGUGAUUUACUCUCUCUCUCUCUCUCUCUCUCUCUCUCACACACACACACACACACACACACACACACACCCUUGCAGGCAAUUCAACAAGAACUAUCAAUUUGUGGUUGUGGGGUGUAGGUAUCAAUGCAGUCUCCUACACACAUUUCACACGUCUCUGCAACAGCAGGCUAAUGAGUUGCCGUCUCUUAAAAAUGAGCAAGAAGUAAACACCAGCUAUGGUUGCACACUCACACAGAAUACCCACCACAGAAUCAGUAUCGCUGUUGUUGCUUUCCCUGCACCAUUUCCUACAUGUAUUUAAGUAGUUUAGUAACUAAAACCGAGUAGAGAAAUUGUUAGACCUAACGAACGCACUUUGUCUGUCUUCUAGCUACAAUGAUCCAUCGUUUUAUGAAGAAUGCAAGGCUGAAUAUUUGAAGCAAAGGGAAGAGUUCAGAGAAACAGGAAAUCGUCGAAAGCAGCAGAGGCUUCCUACAAGCAUGUAGUCAAAGUCUUAAAUGUUUUGGCUGACACUUUAACUUUAUAUACCUUUGAUAUCAUGGAAUUGAUCUUACAAUCACUUUUCCCUAACCCAAUCUUGCUGAAAUAAAUGGAGCUUCUAUGCUUUCAUAUUGUAAUACAGGAAGCCAGAAGGCAUGAUCCUCUGCUUAAAACCUCAAAUGAAAAGUCUUCCAAGGAAGGUAAACUAUUGCAGUUCAGUUAUACACUUUUAUUCACAGUAGAAGCAAUUUUCCAGACAGCUUAAGCUAAACAUAUACUAAUUUUUUUCAGGAUACCGCAUUUAUUUUUCUAAAAGCUCUGAUGUCAUAUGUAACAUCAGGCAUGAAGGCAGGUAGAAAUGGCUGCAGAAAGCAGGAUAAGCGGAUGGGUGGAGAGUUGACUCUUCAGUUCUGCUUGGGAACUGGCUUGUGUGCCCAAAUUCUGCACACCAGCUGAUGCUGAAGUAUACUGCAAGCCCUGCUCCAACUUACCAGGGAUUCACAGAAGCUGUACUGAUUUGUGUAUACACCAAGCAUGGCACUCUAAUCCUCACUUCCUCUUGCAGUCUCUCCACCCUGGUUUUUAUUCAUAAGGCCAUGAACUGUGAAGGAAAAUAAAGUCAAGAUACAUUCAAAUGUCCAUUGAGGUUUUCCUCCAUCUCUUCAGGGGAAGCCCCUUUAAUUGAGAUGAACUUACUAGCAGGGCAAAAAGGCACUGAGUGUCUUGUUUUGGAGUGCAAACAAGAAAGCAAGAGGAUCAGCGUAAGCGGAGCAGCAGCCUCCACAUGUUUGAAUGCAACACCCAUUGUUACCAGGGAUUGGCCAGACUGGCUGGGGCUAAGUGGAGUUUGGAGUUCAUCAUCUAUUUCUGAUGUAAAGGAAAGGGGUGGGGGAAUAAAUUGUAGAAGUGCAGGAUAGGAAAGAGUAAAAGUGCUGUUAACCAAUGGCAUGAUACUGUAAACCUGACUGUCCAGAAAGGAAGUAUUGCUAUACUAAAUACACAUACUAAAAGGUUUGUUUUAACCUUCCACUUAUUUUUAUUCACCAUAUCCUAACUUAGUGUAUUUGUUUCAGUUCAAUUCUGUAAUAAUAAUUGGAUAUGCAGCAAAGCAUAUUGUUGACCAAAUCAAAUUUAAAACAAAACUUUCCUAAGUUUUUUUUGUUAUUUUUAAAAAAACAUCCUGCAACUAACCCAUUUGCAGAGGCAUCUCUUUCAACACUUCUGGGAAUUUCCAACUUUCACACCUACUUCCAUAUUGAUCAGACCGGCUGGAUUUGUGUACGAGGCAGCCUUUAGACUUUCUAUGGUACCUCAAGGCAAAAAGCCAGAGCAGGAAGCCUUUGGUUUUUUAAAAAAGUAGAAAAUGCUUAAAGGGGGCAGAGCCUUAUUUGUCUAAUUGAAGACCUUGCUAAAACAGCAAUGCAUGAAUGCUUCACAAACUCACAAGUUCCGAAGUGAUUUUAAACUCAAAAGUUUUGCUUGGGAAGGGAGGGAGAACUGUGAGAAGCAACUGAAUGGCAAAUUCAGAUUACAUUCUUCCCCUGCUAAAAGCUACUGGUUUCCCUCCUUAAAUUAGCCCCAUCUUUUUUAUUGGUGUAUCCCACAGCAGUGUAAAAAGCCAUAGGAAGUUGCCCUUAUGCUAAGCCAGGACACUUGUCCAUCCACCCACUGUUAUCUAUGUUGAACAGCAGCAGAUACCAAGGGGGGGGGGUGUGCCUUCCAGCUGUUAGUAGACUACAACUUCCAUCAGCCUUAGCCAACAUGGCGAACGGUCAAGAAUGGAUGGAAUGUGCAGGCCAGAAACAUUAAAGGGCACUGCAAUGGCUUUCUGUGCUCCAGGGUUUCUUACAGGAUCCUUCCCAACUUUAUCUUCAUAGCCUGGAGAUUGAGUGUGGCAUUUUCUGCAUGCAAACCAUACACUUUAUACUAUUGGGACUUCUGCAGGUUAAGACUCAUGUAGCACAAAUCAUGUAAAAUAGACUCAAGGAUUCCUUGGUAUGGUAACGCCUAGACUAGCGUGUCAGUGUAUGGAAUAGGAAGGUGAAAGAGAAAGAAUAACCACUUCAAUGAGUAGCUCACCUAAAGAAACUGAGCUGGUUAAUGUUCCCACUACUUCAUGGCACCUCAUAAAACAUACAAGUCUCCUCCCACUUAGGAAUUCAUUUACCUACACAAUGUAUUCAUAUGAAUAUUGCUAUGUAUAGUAAGGGAGCAAUAAGCAGCCCAGGAAGAAUAAAAAUCUACGAAGAGAUUGCUGAGGUGUAGAAUUAUGCACCAGAUAUUAAAGUUUCAUUCAUGCAUCUUGCAGUUGUGGACAUUUCUGAGGUACAAAAGCUACGUAGCAGUCAAAAAAAUAAUGACUACUUGCAUCAAUUUAUAGAAAGCCAUUUUCAAAGAAAAAUAAUUUAUUUAAAAAUAGGACCAUUUCUCCAGUACAUUGUUUAAAACGUUAACUGUGUCAGUGUGCUGGACAGUGAUACUUAUUCAAGUCCCUGUAACCCCAAGAAGCAGCCUUGAGAAACACAUCGGAGCUCUGCAGCCACAUGAGAAAUGGCUUUUGCUGCUUUGUUAUUACACAGGUAGUUGGUUCUAUCAGCUAAAGUCUAGUGACUUGGAUUUAUUUUAUGCAUAUUGGAUUCUGUUCUAUUACUCUUCAGGAGAUUGUACUCCCUUGAGUCAGCUAUGUUCAUUGGUCAGAAUAAAUUCCAGCAUCUGACACCAUUUCCAUUAAUCACAGACAAGCCAGGUUAUGUGAGCGAGAUAAGAGUAUCGGGUGAAUGGUAUGUACCUUAUUUAUGUAUGCCAUUCACUAACACAGUAGAAGUCAUCCUUUCUCCCUCUUCUACAGAUAAAACUCUCUCCAGUAUGAGACAAAGAAUAAAUAUUUAAACUGCAAUGCAAGGAAGGGAAGACUUAGCCACGUUUCCUUUUACAGAAAAUCACUGAUAUGCUUGCAUUGCUCUGGCACACAGCACCCAGGCAAGUGAUUUUUAUUAUUUAAGAACAUGCAUCUUAAGUGGGGUGAAGAACAUUUUCUGUCUCCUUUGGGGUAUCUGUCAGGGGCCACAUGCCAAAAGCAGGCAGGGCCAGAGUCAUUACUGGGUGUGGCUACACUUUUUCUCUCCACUCAUCAAGCUACCAGGAAGGGACAUUACGCUACCAGAUGAUAUGAGCAUCAGCAGAGGGCUUUUGGAAUUGGGCCAAGGCUUGCAAGUUGCUCACCCCUGAUCUCUUAGGUCCAAUGCAGAUUUUACUUUCCCCCAGUCGUGUUUCAAGUCCAAGUUGGGAAGGAAGGAGGAGGGUGGCAUAAUGCAUUAAUUUGUAACGGUUGAAAUGAUCAGAUGAGAUUCUGGCACAGAACUAGGGAAACUCAGAGCUGAUCUCUCACUGUGUUCUCAGCCCUCACCAGCCCUUUCCAACAUGAGAGAAUCUUACUCCACUGCAUAUCAAAAGGCCAAGGAGGAAAAAGUAUUGCUGGAAACCUGGACAUUAAAAGGCUCUGAAACCAUCCACUAUUCUCUGCUCGAAAACAAAUCAACAUUGAUUAAUAGGUUUUGCUACAAAAUCUUAAUUUCAGCUAAUCAGUAAUAUAGGGUAGGGACCAGGAGCUUAAGAAUUAUUUGACUGCCAAUAGUUAGAAUAUUGAGUGACUAUGUACAUAAUGUUUCUGACACUUCAAUGCACCUUAUGAAUAUAGGACAUAAAUUUUAUCAUAGAUUAAAUGCAUUUAUCAUAUUACAGUUCUUCCUGCUUAAGGCGCCUAGAGGUUUCUACAUCAAAGCAGUCAGUGAACUUAGGAGUCAUAAAGCAAAGUUUUUUGGUAACUGGCAGAUAGGCACCCGAAUGGUCACUGCAUUUUGGCUAGGAUCAUACCAGAACACCACUAUUUAUGAAGGAAGUAUUUGCCAUUAAGUUUUUUUAAGAUUUCUACUCCAUUUCUACUACCUCAGAUUCUUCACUGUAAGGCUAAAGAUGACACACAGCUGAGACAGCAAAUCUACUCAUUGGGCUUACUGUUUUAGUCACAAUCACUUCAAUCAUUUACCUGUUCUUCCCUGCGCACGCCACAGAGUAGGGAACAAAAACCAGACACUGUUUCAGAACUGGAGGUAAAACCUACAUCACAUUCUAUUGUUUACCUGAGAGGCCUGAAGGAAGAGACAGUGUCAAAAAAGGAGAGGGGGGAAGGACAUUCUCGAAGCUUGUAAAAAUGUCUGAAGAUACUGUAUUUUAAGCAACAUUCACACAAUUAGCUGCAAUGUACAGCUUUUGUUUUACUCGGAGGCUUAAUACUCUAGAGUAAUUUGCAGGAGUGCAAUCCGAAGACCAACUCGUGUAUUCUAGGCCUUACACCAUACGCCAUUUCUAUUGAUGUACAUGGCCUGCUUUCAAAAUUAGACAAGGGAAGAGUAAAAUCCUGCUUGGAUUACCACACUUUCACUCUCCUUCCCAUUAGCUAUUUUCCUCUUAGGUGUAUGGGAGCCCAUUCAGAGCUAAAUCAAGUUCCACAGUUCUUAGCUCUUGUGCAGGCAGUUUUGGUUACAGUGAUCCAAACUGUUUUCUGGAAAGUUUAAGUGAGACGCUCUGUUUUUCGUUUCCCAAAACACUGUCUCACUAGGUUUUGGAGGGCUUGGGAAGACCCAAGAAUUAUCUUCCAGAGAGCUCUUUCCGUACGAAUUAGGUUCCUGAAACGGAGAGUCAUGAACUGGGACAAGUCUCUCGUCAGUACACGAGGGGGAAGACACAACAUUGCUGAAAGUGUGGUCGCUCGGCGGAAGUAGCCUCUUUUUGUACACAGCUCCAGAAGCAGCUAAAUAAAGAUCUGUGGUGUCCCUUUCAAGGUCUUCAAUACACUGAACAGGAGCAUGUGGUGGCAC